AUGAAUGCAUCCCAGGUAAGUAGACACUCCAGCACUGGAUAAAUAGUGGAGCCUAAACCUCUUUUAUCCAGGACAGCAUCCUCUUCACUUACCUUCUUCGACCUUGGCUAGAGCGAUCUCCUCUUUCCACAUGUGCUGCUCAGCCUGCUCCAGGCGCUUGCUCAGGCUGUUGGUCGGCUGUGUCGUAGAAAUAUUUGACUCAAAAAGUAAUAAACUUAAAAAUAUUUCUCAAGAGACUGGAACUUGUGAAUUUAGACUUUUAUUAUUUACAUAACAAAGCCGAGCUUGCUCCAUGUGUCAAGGCGUGCUGAAGGUGGGUGUUGUGUAUGAAUCAUGCGCAGGACGCAGAGGCUCAGUCCAAAGGCUUUAGUGCAAUAUAUAUAAAAGACAGAAGCACAAUAAGCCCGAAGGCGAAUACACGGCGCACACAGGCGACAAAACAAACGGCGCACAAACAUGUGCAAAAUAACCUCUCCAAAACACUGGAGGGAAAAUGUAGCUCCAAACACGAAACAGAAGCGCAAUCACACACAACGACAAGCACACACAACGAGAACUAAAUAGGACACUAACGAGGACUAACAAGACACAGGUGUACAACAUCCAGACAAAACCAAACGAACAUGAAACAUAGAUCGGUGGCAGCUAGUACUCCGGGGACGACGACCGCCGAAGCCUGCCCGAACCAGGAGGAGGAGCAGCCUCGGCCGAAACCGUGACACCAUGGAGCAACUGCUUGCCCUGAACCGGAGCGCUCCUUUUAUACAGACACAAAUGCAUAGUCACACUGAUACAACUGAUAGUGAAUGAAUAACAUCUUUCAGUAUCACAUGUUGGCUACUCACGGGGGCUACUUGCGCUUCUCUAAGUGGGGCCUCUGUAUCUUAUUAGUGGCAUGACUCAAAAAAUUAUGUACAUACGUACGUUAAAGAACAAUCACACUCUAUAUUGACUAUAUUCACUAUCCAGGCAUGCAUCUGGAGUACAAAGUAUCAAUCAUGUUCAUUCUGUUUUACCUUUAUCAUUUCAUAACACAUUAUAAAACAUCUCAAUUAAUACUUAAACAUGGUUUAAACAUGUCAUCCAUAACCCAUUCUCAACCACAUACAUUUAAGCAUUUAUCAUUUACCAUCCUCCCUGGCCCUUGAGAUUAUGUGCAUGUGGCUAUGUGUCAGGUCAUAAGGUCAUAAGCACAAACAAAUGAUAACACUAGUUCCAUUGUUACUCCAAUCUCCACACAGCCAUCACGAGGAGUUGUAUCUCCAUAACAUGUCAUUGACAUACCCAGACCAGCUGCAGGGAGUUUAUGAAAAACACAUAAAUGUCUCUGCUCUGUAUUAACCCUUCAACUGGUUCUCAAUCCAUAACCAUUUAAGGCAUAUAGGUGUUUAAUUCUACAACAUAUGUACUUGAAAAGCAUCUAUAUAUAUUCCCCCCUUUGGGACUUUCUAAGUCCCAACCAAUAAAACAAAAGAUAACAUAAAAUGAGUGUAAGCAUGUGCAUAUACUUAUUCUUAGCCUUGCCAUCUGUGGUUAAAUUUUUAUAAGAAUAUAUGGUCAGACCAAUGUAUCUUCCUCAUAGUCUGACCCAUCACGAUGAGGACAAGAAGCCCAGUCAGGUACUGGGUACAAAUCCGGAAGGUUUCCCUUUAAGCUAACCUCCAAUUGUUGCUGUUGAGCUUUGUAACCAUUGCUCCCCUUUUUGUUUUGUUGUAUUUCCAAUAUACGUGGUAGUAUCCUAACACAUCAAAAUAUAUAAGAAAUAAAUGCAACUUUGUUUUAACCAUAAUAUCUAGGACAUGUUAAGAAUAGUGUCAACAUCUUUAGCUUACAUAACCUUUUUUACCCAUAUCACAAUUAUUAUAACAAUCAAAAGAAUCAAUAUCUAAUCCAUUCAUUGCAAUGUCAACAUAAUUAGUUAUUAACAUAUUAAUAACUUAUUCAUAUCAAUCAGUCACCUUAUAAUUCAUAGUCAUUAUCAGAUUAAUUACCCAAAACAAAUUUAGAAUGACAAUUCUUAGUUAUUCACUUUGGUUCCAUCAUUCAAAGUUAAAUCUCUCACCUUGGCACAUAUUGACACUGGCAGAAUGUAUAUUUAUACUAUCAUAAUUCUAGCAUUAACUUCCUCAUAACAAGAAUUACAAUAUAUCAUUAUCUUAAUACAUUCCUAGUCUAAAUUACUAUAAAUUUAGCAGUGUAUAAUACCUCCUUAAUCAACAUACUACCUUAACUAACACUCCCUUACUCUACCGGCACUCAAUCUUCUGGUGUCUUCAUUAUGUUCUUCAGAUAGCUUCAUAGUUCAUCUUGGAUUGCCCAUGGCAAUGUCCCAAUUCCAAUGUCACACCUGAGCCGCCCCACCUCCACCAUCAUUCUGUUUUGUCAAUUUGCAAACCAGUAUACCCUAUGAAGAACGUUGCAUUUGCAUAGACCUCUCUCCUCCUGCUCACUCCACAUGGACUCCUGUCACAUUUCUGAGAGAAAAGGCACAAAAGAGAAGGCAAUUGAUUGCCUUGAUUUGAUGCUGGAUUCAGGUCUCCUGGCAGAGGUGGUGUCGGACAGGAAUGUCUUCAACGCCUUUGUUGUUCCUCUUCAGCCGGGUAGAGGUUUUUUUUGGUUUUUAUUGAGGUUCACACCGCUCUGGACCGAAUUAUUUCUACUAUGCAUUACAACACUAUCUGUAAUAACAUCUUGAAUCUCUCGGUGGUCUGGAAUCUCUCGGCGGUCUGGAAGGUCUUGGAAGUCUCGGUGGUCUCCUAGUCAUCAGUUCCCUCACUCUGGUACAAUGGUUUAGAUGAUACCCGAUCACGCUCCCCUCUAUCCGUACCGCUGUUGGUGUAACCUGGACGAUGAUGUAUGGACACCUUUAGCUGCUAACCUUCUCCCAUCACUAGGGUCUCCGGAUCAGCCAGAGUCCCUCUCAAUCUAUCAACAUCGGUCUGCGAUGAGUGUCCUUCUAUCAGCUUACCCAUAGGGAAGCUCGGAGUUACUGCUGCAAAGACACAAGCACAGACACACACAAAAGACAACAAUGCUACCCAAUGGCUGAGGUUGGAACACUCCUAUAGUGGGAAACAUGGAUCUAAGUAUCUGUCUCCACCACUUUUACCAUCAUUAAGGUAGCCAACAACACCUGGUACAGGCCCCUCCACAUAGGGUCUUUCCAGCUCUUUCUUCUGUAGUCUUUUGCCAUCACAUAGUCUCCAGGGCACAGAAAAUACUCAGAUUCUCCAACUCAGUUGGGCAGAGUUAUCUUCACCCAUGAAAAGAAAAUCUUAAGAACAUUGUUAGGUUAGGUGAGACACAGUAUACUACUUAUGUCCUCUCAUCCGUCAAGAGAAGCCUUGAAAUUAUGAAGCACACCUGCUUCCAGCUUGUUGUAGUCCACUUAUUUCAUGCCUCCUAUCACAAAAACAAAAAAGAUUUAACCUAACCCAUAACACAUUAUUACUACUGCUCAUAUCCUUAAUACACCUUGCAUAUUUCCCCACAAAACCAUUAUAAAACAUUAAAACCUCUGUAAGCCCAACUUCCCCCCUUGGACACAUGCAUCACAUCAUGAUUCAUGUGUUCAAAAAAACAAAACAACAACAAUAUUGCCUAUUAAACCAAAAAUAAUAACUAAACUGAAAAUGACAACCCUUGAGCAUAUCUUUACUUAACUGUAUCCCAUAACACUAUUCAAGGAAUACCUCUCCUUCAGGACUAACUCUCUCACUUCAUCCUUGUCCUGUUUGGACUAAUAUAUAUAUAUAUAUAGGAUUUUGUCCAAGUUAUAAACUUCUUCACAAUUAUCCUUAUUAUAUCUAACCCCCUAAUACAGCAUGCCUCUAGAAUUUAUAGUGCGGGUGAUCAGGUCACACUAUAAAGCCAGGACAGAUUUCAGAGGUCAUUGAAAUCAUUCAAGUAAUUGUUUCAUCCAAUAGUAUACUACUCAUUAAUAACCAUCAAGACAUUUCAUAAAUGUUGUAUCCCGAGUGUACAGUAAGUCCUUAGUACAGCUCUUUUCAAAAUGAAUCACACAUAUUUACUUAUCACUCAGUAAAUAAAACCCAAAUUACAUGUGUAUGCCCCUUUAAGAUAUUUCACUUCCAUCCCGUCAAAAAACCCAAAAUAGAAAUAAAAAUCCUAUACAGAAUAACAUUUCAUACUAAGUAGUUUGUUUGUGGUUAUUCGAACACCAUAUAGUAAAACAAUAAACAAACAAAAAAUGGCCAGGCCUUAUUUAUUUUGGUAGCUCCCUAUGACAACCUAAAAGUAAAACUACUUAAAUUUACUAACUAGUUCCACCCUAGCCUACAGACUUUUUUAACAUCCCAAUGAGAUAUAAAGAAAUCCCCAUGUUCCUGGAAGAGAAAGUAUACAUGUCGUUAACAUAUAAUCAACAAUCCAAAGAUAGUAAUUACACACAAAACAUCAUACAUAUAUCCCCAGUCCUCUCUCAUCAACAAUCAUUAACCCCAGCAUCGAUUUAAAAUAGUUUGAUACGUCGUGUCCUACUUUACCCCUAACAUAAUAUUAUAGGAGACUCCCAUCAACCCUUAAAAAAAACUCCCACUUAGAAGACACUAGAUAAUAACACGUUUUAUUAAGUUAACUACACCUUCCACUAUAAACCUAUAAUCCCUUUUUAGUAAUUUAAACGUCGCAAACUGUUGCAUUGAUGUUAAAAAAUAUAUAUAAACGUAUUGUUUCAUAAUCCAAAACCCAUAAAAAGAUGUCUACUUAAUCCAUCAGGCCAACAGCAACAACUAUCUCCCAUCGUUCAACGUACUAUAAACAGAUUAUCGUUAUCUGAAGUAAUAAACCAUUGUCAUAACUCACUGCUGUUUAAACAAACUAUAUAAUGUCAUAAUAAAAUGAUCAAUUAUCAAAUAUCGUUCCUUAUUCAACUAUCGAGACAUGUUCUUCAUUAGUAAAUCGUCUCCACAAAGCAAUACUACCUAAUAACAUAUUCUCAUUCUCCUAAAUAGAAAUAAUUACUUCUAUUAAACAAUCCCAUUCAACAUCAAGUCAACCUGUCUCAUCACCCAAUUAACUUAUUUUUUAAACCCUCUUCAAUAUCUAUCAUACUCUACCGCUAAUUUCCCUCAUAAUGGUACCUCAACAGAUGACAAAUUAUUUUAUAUUUAUAGUAAAAACCAAUAAAACAUCCAAUUCACCAAUAUGCAAUUUUAAUUACUAUGUUAUCCUAUCCGACAUGGAUUGGUAGGACAACAUCUUUCCUAUAAUGUUAUCAAUGAAACCAGUAAUUCACAUCAAUAACAUCAAUGUAAAAGAUUUGCUUUCUGUCCCUUACUGGAUUCGAACCAGGGACCCUCUGCACACAUCGACAACAUUCACCAUCAAAGCACCGUUACCCGUUGCUCCACAAAAGCCCCGGCCCCCGCUAAGCAACUACUUCCAGUUCAUAGAGCAAGUGACGUCACCCAACGAAAACCGCACUAGCUCUCACCGCUAACUAGCUAGCAAUUUCCAGCCGAUAAUAUUCAACCUCCUACGACGUCCUACAAAAUACGCGAUCCUUGUACACCUAACUUAACCCAUAAUGUCCCUUAUGGCGCUCUCACGUUUCAGCAAGCCCCAAUGUUUAACACCCGCAGACAAAAAUGGAAAUUCUUCCAUUUUUACUAGCAGACCUAAUAAAACACACUUUUAAACAGUGUUCUGCAUUUACCUCUAUCAUAGGUUUUAAAAACAAACUUAACAACAUUAACCAUCCUAAAUUGCCGUAGUAACGUCAUGUUUGUUUCAGUUUAUCUAUUACCAUAUAAGACAUUCACUUCUCCAUGCGUCGUAAACUAUAUCCUAUUUCUCUUGUAAUCAACUAAAAUCAUAGCCACGCAAUUAAACCAUCACUCCGCCAUUACUGUCACGCCCUGACUCAGGGGACUCGUAUAUGUUGAGUCAGGGUGUGUAUGUUCUAUGUUGUAUAUUUCUAUGUUGAUAUUCUAGUAUGUCUAUUUCUACGUUGGCCGGUGUGGUUCCCAAUCAGAGGCAGCUGUCGCUCGUUGUCUCUGAUUGGGGACCAUACUUAGGCAGCCCAUUGGCACUAGUGGGUUGUGGGAUCUUGUUCCAGUUAAGGUAUGUUGUGUUGUGCUGCCUUGGACUUCACGUUUCGUUUUGUUUGUUGUUUUGUCGCGGUGUUUAAUAUUCAAUAAACAUGUACGCAUAUCACGCUGCGCCUUGGUCCGUCCCGUCUUUAAACGAACGUGACAGAAGAUCCCACCAAAGGAGGACCAAGCAGCGUGUCCAGGAGCAGACAGCCUGGACAUGGGAGGAGAUCCUGGAAGGAAAGGGUUCCUGGACAUGGGAGGAGAUUCAGGCCGGGAUGGAUCGCAGUCCUUGGGAGGAGACAGUGGAGGCGCGGUAUAGAGAGGAGCAGCGGCAACGCAGAAGGUGCCGGCCGAGGAAGAAGCCCGAGAGACAGCCCCAAUAAUUUUUUUUGGGGGGGCUAAAAGGGUGGUUGGCGGAGCCUAGUGUUAGAGCAGAGCCAACUCCCCGUACUCACGCGAGGAAGCGUGUGACUGGGCAGGCUCCGUGUUAUGCGGAGCUACGUACUGUGUCGCCAGUGUGCCGGCACAGUCCUGUACGUCCUGUGCUAGCACCACGCACGUGUCGUGCGAAGAUGGGCAUUCAGCCAGGACGGGGUGUGGCGGCUCAACGCUCCUGGUCUCCAGUACGCCUCCUCGGUCCCGCAUAUCCUGCGCCUGUUCUACGAGCUGUAUCGCCAGUGCGCGUGCACAGCCCAGUGCGUCCUGUGCCAGCGCCCCGCAUGUGUAGUGCGAAAGUAGGCAGCCAGCCAGGACGGGUUGUGCCAGCUCUCCGCUCCAGACCUCCAGUCCGCCUUCGCAGUCCGGUCCGGCCCGUUCCUGCUCCUCGCACCAAGCCAGUGGUGCGCAUCGCCAGCCCAGCCCGGCCUGUUCCUGCUCCUCGCACCAAGCCAGUGGUGCACGUCGCCAGCCCGGCCCGGCCUGUUCCUGCUCCUCGCACCAAGCCAGUGGUGCGCGUCGCCAGCCCGGUCCGGCCUGUUCCUGCUCUCGCACCAAGCCAGUGGUGCACGUCGCCAGUCCGGCCCGGCCUGUUCCUGCCCCUCGCACCAAGCCAGUGGUGCGCGUCGCCAGCCCGGCCCGGCCUGUUCCUGUCCCUCGCACCAGGCCAGUGGUGCGCGUCGCCAGCCCGGCCCGGCCUGUUCCUGUCCCUCGUACCAGGCCAGUGGUGCGCGUCGCCAGUCCGGUACGGCCUGUUCCUGCCCCUCGCACCAGGCCAGUGGUGCGCAUCGCCAGUCCGGUACGGCCCGUUCCUGCUCCCCGCACCAAGCCAGUGGUGCGCGUCGCCAGCCCGGUCCGGCCUGUUCCUGCUCCUCGCACCAAGCCAGUGGUGCGUGUGUCCAGUCCGGCACGGCCCGUGCCUGUUCCACCGGUGCCUGGUCCGGCAUCGGUCAGCUGCUCCACUCCGGAGCCAGAGCAGUCCGCUCCACCGGUGCCCAGUUCAGCUCCGGUCAGCUGCUCCACUCCGGAGCCAGAGCAAUCCGCUUCACCGGGGUCCAGUCCAGCUCCGGUCAGCGGCUCCACUCCGGAGCCAGAGCAGUCCGCUCCACCGGUGCCUGAUCCAGCUCCGGUCAGCUACUCCACUCCGGAGCCAGAGCAGUCCGCUCCACCGGGGUCCUGUCCAGCUCCAGUCAGCGGAUCCACUCCGGAGCCAGAGCAGUCUGCUCCACCGGUGCCCAGUUCAGCUCCGGUCAGCUGCUCCACUCCGGAGCCAGAGUAAUCCGCUCCACCGAGGUCCAGUCCAGCUCUGGUCAGCGGCUCCACUCCGGAGCCAGAGCAGUCCGCUCCACCGGUGCCUGAUCCAGCUCCGGUCAGCGGCUCCACUCUGGAGCCAGAGCAGUUCGAUCCACCGUCGUCGGGUCCAGCUCCAGUCAGCGGUUCCAGUCCAUAUCACGCUGUGCCUUGGUCUGAUGCGUCAUUAGACGAACGUGACAAUUACAGAAUGAAUGAGAUCUAUUCAACUAUAAUUUCUAAGUAAGCUACAAGUAACACCAAACACUUGCUGUAGUUUACCAUCAUAUAUUGAAAUCAUCCAUUUAUCACGAUCCAAUUUAUUUAUAGACAUAUUCCACCAUUGUCACUCGUUUAAUCUAGCAAAACCUUAUUCAAUGACUAAUAAAUUACUACCACGUACUCUCCUCUCCAUACCCGUUAACAUUUUUACAUGUUAGUCAUUUUGCUGAAGCUCUUAUCCCAAGCGACGCACAAUUAGUGAGCUCAUACAUUUUUAUACUUAUACUAGCCCCCCUUGGGAAUCAAACACCCAACCCUGGCGUUGCAAGCACCGUGCUCUACCAACUGAGCUACAGAGGACCACAGAUGAGCGUAUAGUGCCUUUUUCUGAUAAUGUUAUAAUUGUAGCCUAUUGCAUUACUUUAGUUUAAAAUAUAAGUUUGUUUAUUCAACAAAUCUAGAACCCACUAUAAAUUGGUGCUAUUCACUCAGCAUAAUAGCCAAAGCUCCUUGCAUCCCCUGGUUCACGUAACGAAAAUACAUUAUCAUUCUAGAAUUCACCAACUAUUCGCAUACAUCACUGGUGUCACGCAAACUAUAGAAUAAAGUAAUAACAAUUAGAAUGUGUUAAAUAAAUGUUUUCCAUCCAACUAUUCAACCUUGCUUCAAAUAUCUCUUUCAGCUCGAUACAGUCAAGCAAGUACGACUCUCUUUUACCCGGAAACUAGUUCAUGGCAUUAGUAAAGUCUAUUCACAUCCCAACAAUAACUAAUAAUAUAUUUAUAUUCAUAUUAUUAAAAGACCUUACUUUCAUUCCAGUCUACCUAAACAAUUCAAAUUAUGGCCAUAACUCUAUCGCAAUUGCCAGUCGGCUAUUCAAAUGUAUGUAACUGUCCUUUCUGAUUAGACUAUAGACACUCCUCCUUCUUUCCCGUUGAAUAAGUGAGUCCUUCAGUCUGAAAAGACGCAGGCUGCUAAAUCGUCCAGUCUUAUCCUGACUGUUCCGUCAAUCUAAACAACCCACAACCAUAGUUAAACUAUACUUAGAAAACCUAGACUCUGAUCAGCGAUGCAGAAUCUAUGCUUUAUUGAAAAGACAAGUUAAUCCUCCUUUAUUUCAAUGAUAAUGGUCAGUAGUUUUAGUAUCUGGCACAUACCACACUUUAUCAGAAAAUAGCUUUGAAGGACACAGAUCUCACACGCUCAACUUAAAUAACUUAGCAGUCAACGAGUCAAACCCCACAUUCAUUGAUUUGGAAACAGAUCUAACGACCUAACCAAAUGAAUUAUAUUUUCCCCCUAAUAUACAAAAAUUCCUUGACUAUAUCACCUCUGCUUCUGAAAUAAUAGAUAGUUUAUUAUAAUGGUUAAUUCCACCACAUGCUCUAUGUACUUUCUCCCAUCCCCACGUAGGUCUGUACGUGUUUGGGCAUGCAAGUCAACACCUAUACGUUUUUCCAAUGACUUUUAAUAAAUUACACUCCCAUAAAAUUAAUUAUAUUCUAAUAUAUUCACAUCAACCAAACCAUUCAUGUUUCUAAUGAUUCUUUAUUGCCACAAAUCAGUUAAUCACAAUCUAGUCUCAGCGAACAAACAACAAAUUACCCAAAUCCUUCCCCUCAGUCAUAGAAUCCUCCCAUAUAUGCUGGUCACUAUUCCCUGAUCUUACAAAAUUCUAUGACAGGCAUUGUUGUACGAAACUCCAAGAUAUCAUUUACAAGAAAAGCUUAUUAUUCCAACGUAUAUAUAAUUAUCAUACACACCUCUAUAUCUCAUUAUUCAAACUUCAGAGUGCGACUAAUUUACACCAUUAUACCACUCUUAUUCCAUAUUUAUACAAUGUUGUUCUCAAACGCGCUUAAUUACUAUUUGUAUAACCUACAGGAAUAUUUUAUUCUAUCAAAGGGCCCAAAUUUGGAAUGUUAACCCUAUCCUAGUUAUUAUUUUUACUGUAGUCAAUUUAUCAUAAUACUACAUCACCUCUAACGUUUCCAAAUAUAAUGUCAGAAACAUACCCUAAAAGAUUGAUCAAAAUACAAUGCAUAGACGUCAUAUGAUCACACCGGUACACGUGACCUGUUCCUCCAACAGGAUUUAUUCUACCCCUCCUGGUAACGUGAAUUUUCUACACUCAGUUGGUCAAUGAAUAUCCACGCACCAUUUAUUCUGAGUGAGAUUGGGCACGCCCUUUCUCCAUCAGACAGAAGCUUCAAACGACCUCAAAUAUAUUUCCUUUCCUUACAGAAAGGCUAUUUACUUGCAGGAUUUCUUAUUAUUCUCACUCACACAGAUGAGCAGCCACUUGUGCCCAAAUGAAUCAGACAGUUGAAUGACUCACAGCCGCCCAAGCAAACUAUUCACCCAUACGAGAUGAGCAGAUCUACUCUAUUUAACACUUUCUCUAUAUUUUGAAGCCCUUGUGGCUAUUUAACCCGUUCACCUACUCAGGAUGACCUAACUUUUUUACCUGAUCGACCCUGCCUAACUUUGGCAUCACCACAACACAGGAUGAUGCCCCACCUACCCGAGCAGACCUCUAACAAUUAAUUCCUCAUUAGAGCGGUAACCGUAGGUCCCAAAUUUAGCUAGCCACCUGCCCGUUCAGCCCUCUGGAGCGCUAAUUUUAGCUCUCCAAAGCGGUAUCCACAGGAUUUCUAUUUAUUUAGCCCCCUAGGUGAUACACUUCCUCGACACACCUGGACUUCUACUACGCUUUCCUAAGCGACCUGUAAAUUCUGCCCUAUUUUUUCUGAUACACUUCCUCGACACGGUAUUACACAGGAUUUCUGCCUACCUAAGCAGCCUAUAAACGAUACACUUCCUCGACACGUUUAUAGCGGUAUUCGCAGGACUUACAAUGUUAUUGUCUGAUCGCUCAACCAGAUGGACAACCGCCCGUGCCGAAAUGACCCAGACAAAGCGAUCAGCAGGAUGAAUCAAAUCAAUCAAAUCAAUCAAAUCAAUUGAACAGACGGUUCAGACGAACAACAGAGUGACAUCGACAUGUAUUCUUAAAUUCAAAAGCUCCUAGUCUCAUUUUCUGGUUCUUAAAUUUGGAGAGACCUACUUGGUAUUUCUGCAGCUGAUGCCGUGCCCCGGAUCGGACCACACAAACGUUAUACUAUAUAAGUAAGAACUUGGCUUACCUGUUAAAAGGGGCCGCUUUUGUUUGUAUGGUCCGUCCAAGCCGUUUCAUAACUGCAGAUGUACACCGUCUCUGGCCCCUGUUGUCAACUCCUGGCUAGCUCGCCAAAUAUGUCGUAGAAAUAUUUGACUCAAAAAGUAGUCAACUUAAAAAUAUUUCUCAAGAGACUGGAACUUGUGAAUUUAGACUUUUAUUAUUUGCAUAACAAAGCCGAGCUUGCUCCAUGGAGCAACUGCUUGCCCUGAACCGGAGCGCUCCUUUUAUACAGACACAAAUGCAUAGUCACACUGAUACAACUGAUAGUUACUCCUCCCUAUGUGAAUGAAUAACAUCUUUCAGUAUCACAUGUUGGCUACUCACGGGGGCUACUUGCGCUUCUCUAAGUGGGGCCUCUGUAUCUUAUUAGUGGCAUGACUCAAAAAAUUAUGUACAUACGUACGUUAAAGAACAAUCACACUCUGUAUUGACUAUAUUCACUAUCCAGGCAUGCAUCUGGAGUACAAAGUAUCAAUCAUGUUCAUUCUGUUUUACCUUUAUCAUUUCAUAACACAUUAUAAAACAUCUCAAUUAAUACUUAAACAUGGUUUAAACAUGUCAUUGAUAACCCAUUCUCAACCACAUACAUUUAAGCAUUUAUCAUUUACCAUCCUCCCUGGCCCUUGAGAUUAUGUGCAUGUGGCUAUGUGUCAGGUCAUAAGGUCAUAAGCACAAACAAAUGAUAACACUAGUUCCAUUGUUACUCCAAUCUCCACACAGCCAUCACGAGGAGUUGUAUCUCCAUAACAUGUCAUUGAAAUACCCAGACCAGCUGCAGGGAGCUUAUGAAAAACACAUAAAUGUCUCUGCUCUGUAUUAACCCUUCAACUUGUUCUCAAUCCAUAACCAUUUAAGGCAUAUAGGUGUUUAAUUCUACAACAUAUGUACUUGAAACUCAUUUAUAGCUGCAGCUCCCUCUUUACCCAGUUUAUCCUCUCGAUAUCUGUGGGGGUGAACAGGAUCCGUUGGAGCCUCAACUGCUCCUGUUUCAGGGCCUCCACCUGCAUGGCCAAAAUAAAGGGGACAUUAGAUGCAACUGUUCAGCAUUUCAAGAGUAGCAAUUGCUAGUAGUGUUCCAACUCCCAAUUACAAAUGUUAGUUGUAAGUUUAAGAUGGCGCUGUACUGGAUGGUCGCCGUUUUGCGAGUUCCGAACCAACUUUAUUUUCACAAAAUGUAUCUGCUAUCAUUUCUUAUAACCAACAAGAACUUUUGAACAGGUUUUCGACAAUAACACUACCGUGCGUGAUGGCCCCCACCGACCCAGAGGACUGGGUGAUCUCGCACUCCAAGGCUGACAUGAGUCAGGCCUUUGAAGGGGAAUUUCACCCUUGGGGAAUCUGGGCUUGUGUUCAUCAUGUCUGAGGCAUUUCUAGGACAGUGAGAUGUGUUUCACACAUAAUUGCCCAGGAAAAAGGCAGGUCAGGGCUUUGUGUGCUGAAUGAUACACCCUAUGAUGGCUUUCGGUGUAUUGAUGUAGUACUGCUUUGUGGCAUUUCGCCCUAUACGUUUUUGUGCAUGUAUUUAUGGUUGUCCUUGUUCAAUAAAGCCAUUGGAUGUCUUUCAGCAAUGUUCCUAUCGGCCGAUUCAUUGCUAAAUAUACAAGCAGACACAUUUUUUCCAGUCUCUGAAAGACUACAGCUUGUGUUGGGCAGUGCUUCGUGCUCUGGCCCCCAUCCCUUCCCCAAGGCGGCCUUUUUUUUUUAAAGGAAGCGGACACAAUCCUUUGGGCAAAACUGAAAGAACUGACCAGACGCAAUGGCUUCAAGUGAUUCCUCUCAUCAACACGAAUUCAACCAUGCUACAUGGUGGCAUUCAACCAUACGUUUCAACCCGAAUAUAGCGAAGGGGAUUCGAAACGAAGAGUUGGAUUUAGUUAACUUUAGAAGUUUAGCUACAGCAAAUGCCAGCACCAAGAGAGCAGAUGACAAAUAAGUUAUUUUUCAUUCAAGCCACUUAGCUAGCUAACUUUAGUUUAUCUACUGAAACCCAUACUGUCUACUGCUAGCUAACAUACUACUGUGUUACAGUGGGGGAAAUCUAAUAAUUUUUCUGUUUGCUAAUUUAGCUAGCUAGGUAGGCUAGGUAACUAGCUACCUAAGUGAGCUAGCUAAACAACUACCUAUAGCCAUACCUAUGACUAAAAAUAGAAAAGGCUUUACAAUCAGAUAUCUUUUGUAUCUCGUUUGUAAAACCUCUUCUCUUUUUAGUCGUAGAUAUGGCUGGCUACUAAACAGCAAGCUACAAUGUUAUAACCAGCCACCUAAAGCUAGGUUUACCAGCAAACGUUAGCACAUGACUGGAGUUGGCUGGCUAGUUAGCCUGGCACCAGCUAACUUGUUAUGCGCCAUGCCUCGCAUUUGGAACUUGUUAGCAAACAUGUUACAUCAGCAGCUGUAAAUAAUUUUACUAGCUAGCUAUGUAACAUAAUUGACGAUGAUAGACAUUGGAAUGCGUCCACGGUCAUAACCAAUCUCACACAAUUAUAGGCAUCAUCUGAAUGUCUAGCAUCUGUUUGAUGCUACAGAGCCCUGUACAGUUUAUAUAAAUAUCUUCUGUGAAUCCAUAACCAGACAAAUUUCGAAGAUUGAUAGAAAAUAUCCAUAUUUAUUUUAUGGUGGCUCUACAUCAGGGCUCUCCAACUCUGUUCCUGGAGAGCUACCGUCCUGUAGGUUUUCACUCCAACCCUAAUCUAGCACACCUGAUUCUAAUAAUUAACUGGUUGAUAAGCUGAAUAUGGUUAGUUACAACUGGGGUUGGAGCGAAAAGCUACAGGAUGGUAGCUCCCCUGGAACAGGGUUGGAGACCCCUGUUCUACAUGGUCUUAUGCUGAGCCACACACUGGAUGUGUUUACACAGGCAGCCCAAUUCUGAUCUUUUUUCCACUAUUUGGUCUGAAUCACAUCAGAUUUAUUUCAGAACUGAUCUGACUGGUCAAACGCAGACAAUCAUUUAUCCGGCUUCAGGACUCUGGCAAUGGUGUUCGGUUUGGUGGGCUGGUGAAGCUGAGACUCUUUGUGCUUAUGGCAAAGGGUCCUGUCUGCGGUGAACGGCCAUCUGGAUGAAACUCUGCUGAAAGUGGUGUAGGGCUUCUUAACCACCAACUAUUUGGUCAUCUUGCAGAAGAUUUGCUGGUACUGCACGUCUCCUGGAAAGACAUGGUUGUGGUGUUAGCAUUUUACACUUUUUUUUGGAAGGGACGUAGGGCAACACACCAUUGUUGGUAAAGUUAUCAAACUAAUGGGACUGGCUAGCAUGUUGUUUAGGGACAAUGAGGGGGCAUUGGGAGCUGCUUUUGAGAGGAAAGAUCAGUCAACAACGUGAACAGGCCGGUCGGGCUAAAGAAGGUUUGGACAGUCUUAGGAAGGCAGUUCUUACACAGUAUGAAUUGUUGUGUAUGGGAGAUUGAGGAGAAAUGGCACCUCAAUCACUCACAUACACAACAAUAAAUUAACCUUUGCAGGGUAAUUUUGUAGACUUGUCUUGGUGUUGUGUUUUGAGAAUCUGCAGAGAAUAAUGAGGUGGUUGUGUCAUUACUAUUGUAGUCUUGAUUUUAUACCUUUCAGUGUCCUUUGCUGGUUUCCAUCCCACAAUCUUGUUGCGUUCUAUAACCGCAAGGUGUGUCCACUCCCUCAUGCUUGUGUACCCUAGGAUAUUUGUGACCGAGCGCCUCAAAUCGGUCAUGUAUAGCAACAUUUGAAAUUGUGCUUUUUACAUUGGAUAAAAGUAGACACUCAGAGCUACGAAAUGGUAUAUCAUACACUGCAUUUUUGAGGAACAAUGGGAAAGUAAUUCUGCUUUGAAAGUUGACAAACUUGUAAACUCACUUUUGAGAAAAUUUCCUUUGAAUGAUUUGGUAUCUACUGGAGAGCUCUCCUUUGCCUACACCCAUUCAGCAUUGUUCACACCCUCUUAAGCCAGCCCCACCUAUCUCUUUAAGGAUUCACAUGUGUGUCCGUGAGUAGUGUAGUAAAGAUUAAGACUAAAAGUGGUAAAAGUAGCAGCCUACAAUAAGGAAAAAUUCCAGGUAAACAAAGUGUCCAGAUUAAAAUAUUUUAUAAAUAUUAGAUGACGCUUACUCAGACACACUUGUCUAAAUUGAUGGGUCAUGUAAAAGACAUGCUAUAACCCCAAGCCACAUCUUCCUAAGUGGAUGGGUCUCUACAGAAGGUGUAAACGGUACAGCCAAAUGGUUACUUGCAUAGUAGCAAUAUCAGAAAUAGAUAGUGUCAAUGUAAAUAAAAUAAUAUACAGUAUGUACAAGAACAAUAUGAAUAACGAUAUCAGUGAUAGAUGAGGUAGUUAUAUGCAUACAAUCAUGGCUGAGCAGCAGGAUAAAUAAAAAAAAUAGUAGCAGCAACGUGUGUUAGGAGAGAGUCAUUUGAAAAGAGGCACUGCAGAUAGGGCUGAUGACUGGUCCGUCCAGACCACGCAUGAACAAGGGAAUCUAUAUUAGGAGAGCCUGUUUCUGUCCUGCCCUUGACUUUGGUGCAGGGCAUGUGAUGUCCAUAGCCUCUUCGUCGCAAACUCCCUGAUCUUCUCAAAAAUAUAUGUUUGUCUAGCUGUGUCCAGUCCAGGUGGUGCUUGUACAGGCAGACCAUCUAUGGGAGGAAGGAUGUCAGCGUUGCGCAGCAGCUGAAACCUGGUCCCGACUGAGUCCGAAUGCAGAGCAACGAAGCUGUAAAACAGGAAAUAUCAAACACAAAUGUGAAGACAUUACAACCUUGCACAACAUCAAUUAACCUCCCAUGUUUAGAUAAGAAGAAUAACUUCAUACAAUGUAUUGAAAAUUAUAUUCACCUGAAGUGUUGGUACUGCUUGAUCUGAGCUUUCCACCAAAGUGUUUGUGUCCUAGGUGGCGUCCUGGUAAUACUAUUGCAUUAUCCUCUGCGUAGUUGUUGUUGAAGUGAUUGCUUGGGCCAGCUCUCUUUUUGAUGGGAGACAUUAGACCAGUCUCCUUGUAUGACUGGUGGAGGAGAGUCAGGCGUGUUCUACUGAUGCUGAAAGACAAAUUCCAGAUUCAAAUAUUUUAGCAUUACUAUACAAUAGAUAGCCGUAAUCACCGUCAGACACACCUGGCUAACUUGAUGGGUCGUCUGAUUACUAGCUAACAGUAAGCUUUAACUUGGGGUCUUUUGUUUAGACAUGUAGCUAGCUAGCUAGCUAAACAAUGAACUAUAAUCCCAAUCCAUAGAGUACUAGCAAUACAAACCGAUUGUCAUAGCUAGCUAAAGUUAACCAAAUAGGUUCAAUGUUAGCUAGUUAGCUAGCUAACAUUAGGCUAUAACGAGCAUUGCGAAAUGGCAUUCUGAGAUAACAUCACCACACACAGAUCAUACACAUAAUGUUAGCUAGCAAGCCAGCCAUCUAACGUCAGCUAGCUAGCUAACAGUAAGCUUUAAUUUGGGGUCUUUUGUUUAGACAUGCAGUUAGCUAGCUAAACAAUGAACCAUAAUCCUAAUCCAUAGAGUACUAGCAAUACAAACCUAUUGUCAUAGCUAGCUAAAGUUAACCAAAUAGGUUCAAUGUUAGCUAGCUAACAUUAGGGUAUAACUAGCAAUGCGAAAUGGCAUAAUAUCUGAAACUGUAGCUAGACUCUUACCCGUUUACAUGGAUGAAUGCUUCACGGCAGACUGCAACCCCUUUCAUUAAAUAAGACGCCCUGUGUCGUUUCCAUUUUGUUUGUACAGCUUGCUUGGCCCGUUGUGUCAAGUCACUCUGGUUCACACUGACCGUGUGUAAUGCCAUAAUAAUCAUCAGAUCAUCAGCCUUCUGUGUUCUCUUUUCGACUCGCUAUGCAUUUGCAAUCAAACGGCAGAAUUAUAUUAAUCUCCUUAUCAUACUCAGCUUCUACCAGACAUUCAACUGAUUUCAAAACUCGGUCAACUUCAUCCGUGACAACAACACUGUUGAUCACCGUUUCUUCCCCAUCACUGUCAUCAGAAGAUUCUACAAUGUCUUCUUCAAUGAAAAUGUUUUUACCUAAAUCAGAGAUUUCCUCACCGUGUGAUUCAUUUUCAGAGUCAGAGAGUCAGCAUGGCACGAUCGUCCUCCAGAAAGUAGUCCAUCACAACUUUUUACCACUGACCUUUGUCGAUAGCGCCUGAUAAAUUCAGGGCAGCAAUGUUAUUGAACGCAGUAGCAACAUAUUUGCAGUUCUCCAUCGCUAAUGUUACAUCUUUCGAAAAAACUGCAGUAGAAAGGAGUAUCUACGCAUAACGAGCAGCUCAUUUUAUAGACACACGAUGCUACACCGCAGACCAAUCUGAAACUCAUCUCUCGGCAUGUCUAGGCCAUUCAUUAUCUCAGCCAAUCAUGGCUAGCGGGAAGGUUCCUGUCUAUUUCUGUGGCUAAACCGACUAGGCUCGUAAUUUUUUACAGAUGGCAUACAAGUUUGUUAUUAAGGCACAUGAAAGUUAAAAUGUUCCAGAAGGCAUUUCUGCCAAAAAACGCAUUAAAAAAUUUAAAUUAAAUAAAAAGGUUGAAAUGGCUCUCCUGUGAAGUCGGGACUUGCGACAUACGCCUAAUUUCCUGAAACGGACAAAUGUUUCAGCAGGGCACUGUGGAAUGACUCCAGGUAACCUGAGUUUUGCAAAAAAGAAAAGCUAAAAAGAGAAGAGGGGUAGACUAAAUUGAUUACAUGGUCUGGAAGGUACUCUGUGGUCCUCAGGCUACUUCUAACCCCACAAAACAAACACAAACCAUACAAACACUUCCCAGUUCAUGCUUACUGUAAAAUGAGCUAUGUUAGCCGUCAGUUUGUAAAUAUUUUUGCCAACUUAACCUUCACCAUGGAAGCGCAUGUUGGUGGAAUAAGAUUAUGUACCACCUACAACAAAAUACACAACAAUACACAAUUUAACCACCCCACUAAUUGUAUUGAUAUCCAUUAGGCUGGUUAGCUAAGCAUACCUAACAUGGACAUUUCAAUAUUGUCAGCUUGCUGUUAUCUAACUACCGUCACUCAAUUGGCAGCAAGAUUGCUAGCCAACUGAGACUGGCUGAGAACCAACUAACCAAUUUAUACACAUUCAUCAUUGCUACCGACAUACAAACAGAUAGUGAGGUAGCUAUAUCGAAAAUUCUAUUUUUAGUAAUGGAGUGUUUUCCAAAGAAGGGUAGAUAACUACCAGAUUGACAUACUCUUAUUUGCUAACAUUAGCUAGCUUAUGUUAGCUGAAGACAGUAAAAGAUAGAACGAACAAACAAACAUGUUUACUCUGCUGAAGGUAACUACCAGUCUAGCAGUGACUAACUACCAUGGCAUAGGCAAAAUUGAUUGACAGUGUGCAUACCAAAAGAUAGCUAUAUGAUUUAGCUGAUGGCUUUCAGAGUUCAAUACAGGACUGUAACGUUAGCUAGCUAGCUAACUUACCCAGCUAGUCCAGCUAGACUAGCAAGCUAGCUAACGGUAGGUUACCUCUAAUUAAGAAUCUUCCGUUUUGUUGUGAAAUAAGAAAAAUCGUUGGUAUCGCAUCACUUCUCAGCUGUCGUUGAGAUGGAUUCCCCAUCAGUUCAGCUUAAAAAUCCCUCUAAUAAUCUUUGGUCAACACAUCAUUCUUGACAGAACACCACACGGGCAUGAUGACAAACAUUAGUGAAAAACAAAUCUUGCCUAGAGAAGUUCCGAGAUUACUGUGUGUUGGUCAUUCGAAGUAAACAAUGCCAUUAAUCAAAUUUGUGGGCCCGCCCCCUCUACCUAGCUGGCGGUAUCUGCAUUUGCUAUGAAUACCGGACUUUGUGGUUCACUAUGAGCAGAAACUUCCCGAUUCUACCAGUGAAAUGAAAAUGUGCUAGUUCUAGCUUGUGGUUUGGAUAAUUUAGAUGUUUAUGAUAAAAACGUAAUGUUGUUAAUAUAGUAAUGACUAUAUGCCGUGGCAGAGCCAGGGUGAAAUUCCCAUUUAAUCAGGUCAACACUCACAAGGCCAGACAGUUAUCCAGGGUGCAUUCUCAGAGCAUACGCAGAACAGCUGGCAGGCAUAUUCACGGUUAUUUUCAACCUAUCAUUGUCCCAGUCUGUAAUCCCCACGUCUUAAGAUGACUACCAUCAUUCCUGUUCCCAAGAACUCUAAGGCUUCAUGCUACAAUGACUACCACCCUGUAGCACUCACAUCUGUAAUCAUGAAGUGCUUUGAAAGGCUGAUUAUGGCACACAGCAACUCCAUCAUCCCAGACAGCCUAUACCCAUUCCAAUUUGCAUACCGCCCCAACAGAUCCAUAGACGACACAAUCUCAAUUACACUCCACAAUGCCCUCACCCACUUACAUAAGAGGAAUACCUACAGUGGGGAGAACAAGUAUUUGAUACACUGCCGAUUUUGCAGGUUUUCCUACUUACAAAGCAUGUAGAGGUCUGUAAUUUUUAUCAUAGGUACACUUCAACUGUGAGAGAAAAUCACAUUGUAUGAUUUUAAGUAAUUAAUUUGCAUUUUAUUGCAUGACAUAAGUAUUUGAUACAUCAGAAAAGCAGAACUUUAAUUUUUGGUACAGAAACCUUUGUUUGCAAUUACAGAGAUCAUACGUUUCCUGUAGGUCUUGACCAGGUUUGCACACACUGCAGCAGGGAUUUUGGCCCACUCCUCCAUACAGACCUUCUCCAGAUCCUUCAGGUUUCGGGGCUGUCGCUGGGCAAUACGGACUUUCAGCUCCCUCCAAAGAUUUUCUAUUGGGUUCAGGUCUGGAGACUGGCUAGGCCACUCCAGGACCUUGAGAUGCUUCUUACGGAGCCACUCCUUAGUUACCCUGGCUGUGUGUUUCGGGUCGUUGUCAUGCUGGAAGACCCAGCCACGACCCAUCUUCAAUGCUCUUACUGAGGGAAGGAGGUUGUUGGCCAAGAUCUCACGAUACAUGGCCCCAUCCAUCCUCCCCUCAAUACGGUGCAGUCGUCCUGUCCCCUUUGCAGAAAAGCAUCCCCAAAGAAUGAUGUUCCCACCUCCAUGCUUCACGGUUGGGAUGGUGUUCUUGGGGUUGUACUCAUCCUUCUUCUUUCUCCAAACACGGCGAGUGGAGUUUAGACCAAAAAGCUCUAUUUUUGUCUCAUCAGACCACAUUACCUUCUCCUAUUCCUCCUCUGGAUCAUCCAGAUGGUCAUUGGCAAACUUCAGAUGGGCCUGGACAUGCGCUGGCUUGAGCAGGGGGACCUUGCGUGCGCUGCAGGAUUUUAAUCCGUGACGGCGUAGUGUGUUACUAAUGGUUUUCUUUGAGACUGUGGUCCCAGCUCUCUUCAGGUCAUUGACCAGGUCCUGCCAUGUAGUUCUGGGCUGAUCCCUCACCUUCCUCAUGAUCAUUGAUGACCCACGAGGUGAGAUCUUGCAUGGAGCCCCAGACCGAGGGUGAUUGACCGUCAUCUUGAACUUCUUCCAUUUUCUAAUAAUUGCGCCAACAGUUGUUGCCUUCUCACCAAGCUGCUUGCCUAUUGUCCUGUAGCCCAUCCCAGCCUUGUGCAGGUCUACAAUUUUAUCCCUGAUGUCCUUACACAGCUCUCUGGUCUUGGCCAUUGUGGAGAGGUUGGAGUCUGUUUGAUUGAGUGUGUGGACAGGUGUCUUUUAUACAGGUAACGAGUUCAAACAGGUGCAGUUAAUACAGGUAAUGAGUGGAGAACAGGAGGGCUUCUUAAAGAAAAACUAACAGGUCUGUGAGAGCCGGAAUUCUUACUGGUUGGUAGGUGAUCAAAUACUUAUGUCAUGCAAUAAAAUGCAAAUUAAUUACUUAAAAAUCAUACAAUGUUAUUUUCUGGAUUUUUGUUUUAGAUUCCGUCUCUCACAGUUUAAGUGUACCUAUGAUAAAAAUUACAGACCUCUACAUGCUUUGUAAGUAGGAAAACCUGCAACAUCGGCAGUGUAUCAAAUACUUGUUCUCCCCACUGUAUGUGAAAAUGUUGUUCAUUGACUACAGCGCAGCGUUCAACACCAUUGUCCCCUGCAAGCUCGUCACCAAGCUUAAGACCCUGGGACUGAACACCUCCCUCUGCAACUGGAUCCUGGACUUCCUGACGGUCCAACCCGAUAUGGUGAGGGUAGGCAACAUCACCUCCGCCACUCUGACCCUCAACAUGGGAGCCCCACAGGUGUAUGUGCUUAGACCCCUACUGCAUUCCCUGUUCACCCACGACUGAAUGGCCACGCAUUACUCCAACACCAUCAUCAAGUUAGCUGACGACACAACGGUGGGAGGACUGCUCACCAGUGACGAUGAGACAGCCUACAGGAAGGACGUCAUUGACCUAGCAGUGUGGUGCCGGGACAACAACCUCUCCCUCAACGUUAGUAAGACCAGUACAUCACUGGGGCCGAGCUCCCUGCCAUCCAGGACCUUUAUAUCCAGGCGCUGUGAAAGGAAGGCCCGGAAAAUAGUUGAAGACUGCAGCCACCCAAGCCAUAGACUGUUCUCUCUGCUUCCGCACGGCAAGUGGUACCGGUGCAUCAAGACUGAUGCCAACAGGCUCCUGAACAGCUUCUAUCCCCAAGCCAUAAGACUUCUAAAUAACUAACAAAUGGCAACACGGACUGAGUUGACCCUUGGAUUUUAUAUUUGCACUUUCUCCAUGCACACUCACAGGACUCUACACAAUCACGCACAAUGACACACCUACAUACACUACAUAACCAAAAGUAUGUGGACACAUGCUCGUCGAACAUCUCAUUUCAAAAUCAUGGGCAUUAAUAUGGAGUUGGUCCCCCCUUUGCUGCUAUAACAGCCUACACUCUUCUGGGAAGGCUUUCAACUAGAUGUUGGAACAUUGCUGCGGGGACUUGCUUCCAUUCAGCCACAAAUGCAUUAGUGAGGUCGGGCACUGAUGUUGGCAUUCCAAUUCAUCCCAAAGGUGUUCAAUGGGGUUGAGGUCAGGGCUCUGUGCAGGCCAGUCAAGUUCUUCCACACCGAUCUCGACAAACCAUUUCUGUAUGGACCUUGCACAGUGGCAUUGUCAUGCUGAAACGGGAAAGGGCCUUCCCCAAACUGUUGCCACAAAGUUGGAAGCACAGAAUCAUCUAGAAUGUAAUUGUAAGCUGUAGCCCGAACCAUCAAAAGCAGCCCCGGACCAUUAUUCCUCCUCCACCAAACUUUACAGUUUGCACUAUGCAUUGGGGCAGGUAACGUUUUCCUGGCAUCCCCAAAUCCAGAUUUGUCCGUCAGACUGCCAGAUGGUGAAGCGUGAUUCAUCACUCCAGAGAACGCGUUUCCACUGAUCCAGAGUCCAAUGGUGUUGAGCUUUACACCACUCUAGCCGACGCAUGGCAUUGCAUGAUGAUCUUAAGGUUGUGUGCGGAUGCUCGGCCAUUUUUUCAUGAAGCUCCUGACAAACAGUUAUUGUGCUGACGUUGCUUCCAGAGGCAGUUUGGAACUCGGUAGUAAGUGUUGCAACCGAGCACAGACGAUUAUUACGCACUACGAGCUUCAGCGGUCCCAUUCUGUGAGCUUGUGUGGCCUACCACUUCACGGCUGAGCUGUUGUUGCUCCUAGACGUUCCCACUUCACAAUAACAGCACUUACACUUACACUCUAGCAGGGCAGAAAUUAGUCGAAUGACUUGUGCCACGUUGAAAGUCACUGAGCUCUUCAGUAAGGCCAUUGUACUGCCAAUGUUUGUCUAUGGAGAUUGCAUGGCUGUGUGCCAGAUUUUAUACACCUGUCAGCAAUGAAUCCACUAAUUUGAAGGGGGGUCUACAUAUUUUUGUAUAUAUAGUGUACAGAACAUGCACACACAUUUAUACUGACUACACACACCAGUGGCGGUCAGUGUCGUUUAAAAUGAGGGAGGACAUUUUUUUUUUCAUGAGCAUGGCCUUAUUUCUAUUACAGCAUAUUGGAUGACUCUUUCCAAUAUACUUUCCCUAUACCCAUCAUGAGGUUGCUUCAACCUACCCUAUGAAUGAAAGUUUACAACGUAGGUGCACACAGGUCGAGAGACACAUUUGAGGCGACAGACAGUGACACAUGGACAGACAGUGACAUUCAAUACUGCCUUGCACACUCUUGCCUGCAUCUAGCUGAUAUAGGGUGUAAUCAUUAGUCCAACAGUUGCAAACGAGAGUUUCUAUUGGACAAAUUCAGGUAUGUUUAUCCCCGUUUUGUUCCGUUUGCUUCCGUUUAAAAAACGUUUUUCAAAAGAAUUGGCGGAAUGAAUACACCCCUGAUCACGCGUAAACACAGUUCACUUUCAUAGCAGCCACGUUGUAUUCCUUCUAUGCGCUUUCCUCCUCUCACCUUGUCCCUUCGCUUGUGGACUUCAAUGCACAACACAUCAGCUAUAUGUGACCAGGCGAAAAAAACAUUCCAAGCCAAACCGCUACACACAGCCUACAUCGUUGUCACCAUUUUAGCUAAAGUAACGUCAUAGUCAGCAUAGCUAAUAGAACUAACGCGUUAGUAAACACGCUACAACAACUGGCCAGUCACAGUCAAAUUCGCCAGUCGCGUGGCAUUCAAAUUAUUAUAUGGUAUAAUGGCGCCGGAGGGGAUGGCUGCCGUUUUAAUGGUUCCUAACCAACUGUUCUAUUUUGUAAGUUUUUUCGUAUUGUAACUUAUUUUGUACAUAAUGUCGCUGCUACCGUCUCUUAUGACCGAAAAAAGCUUCAGGACAUCAGAACAGCGGUUACUCACCUCGAACUGGACAGAGAUUUUUUCUUUAAUGAGUCCGACGCGAAGGAUAUAGUGCUUUCCUGAGACCAGGCCCAAAUCCCCGUCAUUCGUGUAAAGAAAAGAUGGAAAUACAGGGGGCGGAGGUCGGGGUGCCUUGUGAGAAUUAAUCGGCGAGUGGGUAAACCACCUCUACCAUCCAUUUAAUUGGCCAAUGUGCAAUCACUGGAAAAUAAACUGGAUGAUCUAUGAUUGAGACUAUCAUACCAUCGGGACAUUAAAAACUGUAAUAUCUUAUGUUUCACCGAGUCGUGGCUGAACGACGACACGAUUAAUAUAGAGCUGGCUGUGUUUUUCGUGCAUCGGCAGGACAGAGCAGCUACGUCUGGUAAGACGGGGGGGGGGGGGGGGUCUAUUUGUCAAUAACAGCUUGUGCAAGAUGUCUAAUAUUAAAGAAGUCUCGAGUUAUUGCUCGCCUGAGAUAGAGUACCUCAUGAUAAGCUGUAGACCACACUAUCUACGAAGAGAGUUUUCAUCUAAAUUAUUCGUAGCCGUCUAUUUACCACCACAAACCGAUGCUGGCACUAAGACCGCCCUCAACAAGCUGUAUAAGGCCAUAAGCAAACAAGAAAAUGCUCAUCCAGAAGCGGAGCUCCUAGUGGCCGGGGACUUUAAUGCAGGCAAACUUACAUCCGUUUUGCCUAAUUUCUACCAGCAUGUCACAUGUGCAACCAGAGGAAAAAAAACGCUCAAUACGGAUGUGGUCAGAUGACGCGGAUGCUACGCUACAGGACAGUUUUGCUAGAACAGACUGGAAUAUGUUCCAGGAUUCAUCCAAUGGCAUUGAGGAGUAUACCACCUCAGUCACCGGCUUCAUCAAUAAGUGCAUCAACGACGUCGUCCCCACAGUGACUGUACGUACAUAUCCCAACCAGAAGCCAUGGAUUACAGGCAACAUCCGCACCGAGCUAAAGGCUAGAGCUACUGCUUUCAAAGAGCGGGACACUAAUCCGGACGCUUAUAAGAAAUCCCGCUAUGCCCUUAGGCAGGCAGAGAGACAGUCAGAACCGUGCGCACAGGCUAUAUCUUGGUAAUCUGUAUCUAGCAAUGCCUCUUAAAUUCACCAAAAGUAUAUUCAAGUAUGUGUUAGGCUAUCAAUGAGUAUGGCUAAGCUAUUCUUCAUAGUGCCAGUGAAUCGAAGUUGAACAUCGCCAAAUGCAUCAGUUUAAUUAGGCCUAAAUGUGCAAUAAAAAGUAUUGGCUAUAGCUUAUUUAAUGAAACCCUGGCUAGCUGUUGAUGUCCUAGGUCAAGGCUCUCCAACCCUGUUCCUGGAGAGCUACCUUCCUGUAGGUUUUCGCUCCAACCCCAGUUGUAGCUAACCUGAUUCAGUUAAUCAACCAGCGAAUUAUUGAAUCAGUUCCGAUAGAUUAGGGUUUGAGUGAAAACCUACAGGAUGAUAGCGCUCCACGAACAGGGUUGGAGAGCCCUCUCCGAGGCAAUAGAUCGCAAAGCAGUAUCCCCGCUAAACUUUUUGGAAAUGGCAAGUUCACUUUCUCAUCUAUAAACAAAAUCAAGUGCAAACACGGUUCAGCAGCCCAAUACCCCACAAUGACAAAGCAGUUUCGUUUUUUACAUUUUUGCAAAUGUAUUAAAAAUAAAAAACAGAAACCUUAUCUACAUACAGUACCAGUUAAAAGUUUGGACACACCUGUCACGAUCGUCUGAAGGAGGAGACCAAUGCGCAGCGUUGUGAGUGAACAUGAUGACUUUAUUAUCAAAGCAACCACGAAAAAACAACAAAAGACGAUACGUGAAGUUCUCUAUGACACCGACUGAACAUAGCACAAGGAAACAAAAACCCACAAACACAAGGUGAAACCACACAGUUUAAAUAUGGCUCCCAAUCAGAGAUAACGAGCCGACAGCUGUCACUCGUUACCUCCGAUUGGGAGUCACAUGAAUACAAACAAGGAAGACAACCACCUAGACACCCCAACCAAACAGCACACAACAAAACGAACACACCUCAUACCCAACCUAGCCCACACAACACCCAACAAAACAAACACACCCUGGUUCUAUAACAACGUCCCGGAACCAGAGCGUGACAGUACCCCCCCCCUAAAGGUGCGAACCCCGGGCGCACCAGCAUACAGUCUAGGGGAGGGUCUGGGUGGGCGUCUGUCCACGGUGGCGGUUCUGCCCCUGGUCGUGGUCCCCAUCCCACCUUAGUCACCACCCGCUUCCCUAGCCUCCUCCACAUUACCACCCCCCAACUACACCCCACUGGGUUAAGGGGCGGCACCGGACUAAGGGGCAGCACCGGACUACGGGGCAGUACCGGACUAAGGGGCAGUACCGGACUAAGGGGCAGUACCAGGCUAAGGGGCAGUACCGGACUAAGGGGCAGUACCGGACAGAAUGGCGGAUACUGGCUGGACGGCUUUGGCGGCUCCCGGCUGGACGGCUCUGGCGGAUCCCGGCUGGUCGGCUCUGGCGGAUCCCGGCUGGACGGCUCUGGCGGAUCCCGGCUGGACGGCUCUGGCGGAUCCCGGCUGGACGGCUCUGGCGGAUCCCGGCUGGACGGCUCUGGCGGAUCCCGGCUGGACGGCUCUGGCGGAUCCCGGCUGGACGGCUCUGGCGGAUCCUGGCUGGACGGCUCAUGGCUGGCUGACGGAUCUGGCUGCUCAUGGCUAGCUGACGGAUCUGGCUGCUCAUGGCUAGCUGGCGGAUCUGGCUGCUUAUGGCUGGCUGACGGAUCUGGCUGCUCAUGGCUGGCUGACGGAUCUGGCUGCUCAUGGCUAGCUGACGGAUCUGGCUGCUCAUGGCUAGCUGACGGAUCUGGCUGCUCAUGGCUGGCUGACGGAUCUGGCUGCUCAUGGCUGGCUGACGGAUCUGGCUGCUCAUGGCUAGCUGACGGAUCUGGCUGCUCAUGGCUGGCUGACGGAUCUGGCUGCUCAUGGCUGGCUGACGGAUCUGGCUGCUCAUGGCUGGCUGACGGAUCUGGCUGCUCAUGGCUGGCUGACGGAUCUGGCUGCUCAUGGCUGGCUGACGGACCUGGCUGCUCAUGGCUAGCUGACGGAUCUGGCUGCUCAUGGCUAGCUGACGGAUCUGGCUGCACCUGUCUGGCAGAAGGCUCUGGCUGAUCCUGUCUGGCGGAAGGCUCUGGCUGAUCCUGUCUGGCAGAAGGCUCUGGCUGAUCCUGUCUGGCAGAAGGCUCUGGCUGAUCCUGUCUGGCAGAAGGCUCUGGCUGAUCCUGUCUGGCGGAAGGCUCUGGCUGAUCCUGUCGGGCGGAAGACCCUGGCUGAUCCUGUCUGGCGGAAGGCUCUGGCUGAUGCCGUCUGGCGGAAGGCUCUGGCUGAUCCCAUCUGGCGGAAGGCUCUGGCUGAUCCCGUCUGGCGGAAGGCUCUGGCUGAUCCUGUCUGGCGGGAGGCUCUGGCUGAUCCUGUCUGGCGGGAGGCUCUGGCUGAUCCUGUCUGGCGGAAGGCUCUGGCUGAUCCCGUCUGGCGGAAGGCUCUGGCUGAUCUUGUCUGGUGGUAGGCUCUGGCUGAUCCUGUCUGGCGGAAGGCUCUGGCUGAUCCCGUCUGGCGGAAGGCUCUGGCUGAUCCUGUCUGGCGGGAGGCUCUGGCUGAUCCUGUCUGGCGGGAGGCUCUGGCUGAUCCUGUCUGGCGGAAGGCUCUGGCUGAUCCCGUCUGGCGGAAGGCUCUGGCUGAUCUUGUCUGGUGGUAGGCUCUGGCUGAUCCUGUCUGGCGGAAGGCUCUGGUUGAUCCUGUCUGGCGGAAGGCUCUGGCUGAUCCUGUCUGGCGGGAGGCUCUGGCUGAUCCUGUCUGGCGGAAGGCUUUAGCGGCUCCUGUCUGGCGGAAGGCUUUAGCGGCUCUGGUCUGGCGGACGGCUCUGAAGGCUCAUGGCAGACGGGCGGCUUAGCAGGCUCAGUACAUACGGGCCGUUCAUGCAGCGCUUGGCAUACGGACAGUUCAGACGGCGUUGGGCAGACGGGCAGUUCAGGCAGUGCUUGGCAGACGGACAGUUCAGACGGCGUUGGGCAGACGGGCAGUUCAUGCAGUGCUUGGCAGACGGACAGUUCGGACGGCGUUGGGCAGACGGGCAGUUCUGGCAGUGCUUGGCAAACGGACAGUUCAGACGGCGUUGGGCAGACGGGCAGUUCAUGCAGCGCUUGGCAUACGGACAGUUCAGACGGCGUUGGGCAGACGGACAGUUCAGGCCCCGUUGGGCAGACGGCAGACUCUGGCCGUCUGAGGCGCAUCGUAGGCCUGGUGCGUGGUGCCGGAACAGGAGGGACCGGGCUGAGGACACGCAUCUCAGGGCUAGUGCGGGGAGAAGCAACAGGGCAUGCUUGGCCCUGGGACGCACCGUAGGCCUGAUGCGUGGUGCCGGAACUGGAGGUACCGGGCUGAGGACACGCAUCUCAGGGCUAGUGCGGAGAGCAACAACAGGACGCACAGGACUCUGGGGACACACAGGAGGCUUGGUGCGUGGUGGAGGCACUGGUGGUACUGGGCUGGAGCGGGAAGGUGGCGCCGGAAAUACCGGACCGUGCAGGCGUACUGGCUCCCUUGAGCACUGAGCCUGCCCAACCUUACCUGGUUGUAUGCUCCCCGUCGCCCGACCAGUACGGGAAGGAGGAAUAACCCGCACCGGGCUAUGUAGGCGAACCGGGGAAACCAUGCGUAAGGCUGGUGCCAUGUAUGCUGGCCCGAGGAGACGCACUGGUGGCCUGCUGCGUGGGACCGGCUUCAUGACAUCCGGCUCAACGCUCAAUCUAGCCCGGCCAAUACGAGGAGCUGGAAUGUACCGCACCGGGCUAUGCCUGCGUACAGGAGACACCAUGCGCUCUACUGCGUAACAUGGUGUCUGCCCGUACUCCCGCUCUCCACGGUAAGUACAGGGAGUAGGCGCAGGUCUCCUACCUGACUUCGCCACACUCCCUUUUUGCCCCCCCCCAAGAAAUUCUUGGGUAGUACCCACGGGCUUCCAGCCUCGACUCCGCGCUGCCUCCUCGUACCACCUCCUCUCGGCUGCAGCUGCCUCCAGCUCUUCACGAGGGCGGCGAUAUUCUCCCGGUUGUGCCCAAGGACCCUUUCCAUCCAAAAUCUCCUCCCAUGUCCAUGAAUCCUUAGGAGGAGUCCAUAACUCCUGUGUAGGUAGGUCCUGUUGCCGCUUGUUACGCUGCUUGGUCCUUUUAUGGUGGGUUUUUCUGUCACGAUCGUCUGAAGGAGGAGACCAAUGCGCAGCGUUGUGAGUGAACAUGAUGACUUUAUUAUCAAAGCAACCACGAAAAAACAACAAAAGACGAUACGUGAAGUUCUCUAUGACACCGACUGAACAUAGCACAAGGAAACAAAAACCCACAAACACAAGGUGAAACCACACAGUUUAAAUAUGGCUCCCAAUCAGAGAUAACGAGCCGACAGCUGUCACUCGUUACCUCCGAUUGGGAGUCACAUGAAUACAAACAAGGAAGACAACCACCUAGACACCCCAACCAAACAGCACACAACAAAACGAACACACCUCAUACCCAACCUAGCCCACACAACACCCAACAAAACAAACACACCCUGGUUCUAUAACAACGUCCCGGAACCAGAGCGUGACACACCUACUCAUUCAAGGGUUUUUCUUUAUUUUUACUAUUUUCUACAUCAUAGAAUAAUAGUGAAGACAUCAGAACUAUGAAAUAACACAUAUGGAAUCAUGUAGUAACCAAAAAAGUGUUAAACAAAUCGAAAUAUAUUUUAGAUUCUUCAAAUAACCACCCUUUGUAGUACAUCUGUGUUUUUAAGAAUUAUUGGUGAGAUAGAAACAGUUAUUCUGGCAAAGGUCUGAUGCCUUUGUUAUUUUCCUCAGACCGAUAAUUUCCCAGCAUGUCCUGAGUGGAAGGAUAUGACACUGAUUUAGAAAUGUUCAUGCUGGUUAUCACGUUUCAGGAGAAGACCCAGAUGCACACAGUGUUGAAGUAACAAAAGUUAAUUACAAAAACAGGGGGCAGGCAAACAACAGGUCAAGGGCAGGCAGAGGUCAGUAAUCCAGGGUGGUGUGACAAGGUACAGAACGGCAGGCAGGCUCAGGGCAGGCAGAAUGGUCAAAAUCGGGAAAACAGGAACUUGAGAAAGAAAGAAGCAAGGGGAAAAACGCUGGUAGGCUUGACGAAAACAAAACGAACUGGCAACAGACAAACAGAGAACACUGGUAUAAAUACACUGGGGAUAAAUGGGGAAGAUGGGCAACACCUGGAGGGGGGUGGAGACAAUCACAAAGACAGGUGAAACAGAUCAGGUUGUGACAGUUGCCCCCCCCCCCCUAGGGGCGCCACCUGGCAUCCUGCCUGGGUGCAUACCUGGUUAACCAGGGUGCCGGUGUUGAGACUCAGCGAUGAGGCCUGGGUCCAGGAUGUCCCCAGCACCGUUCCUCCGGGCCAUAACCCUCCCCUUCAACCAGGUACUGGAAUCCCCUGCCCCGAGGUCGAACCUUCAGAAGACGCCUCGCCAUGCACGCCGGUUGGCCGUCGAUGAGACUGGGGAGAGGGGUAGGCCUGGAAACAGGAGACAAAGGGCUGUGAGACCAGGGACGGUGAGGAACAGGCAGAGGUUGGAGGAGACCAGCCAGAGCUUGCCGAGGAGUUUUGUUCUGUGCAUAGAUCGUGCAGGUGGCGACGAACGCAGAGAUGUCAGGAACCAUGGUAGGCCACCAAAAGCGUUGUCGCACAAAGGCCAGGGUCCGACGGGAGCCCGGAUGGCAGGCAAGCCUGGAGGAAGUGGGCCCACUCCAGGACCAAGGAGAGGACAGCGUCAGGAACAAACAUCUGGUUAUCUGGGCCCCCCCGGGGUUCGGCUGGGAACACUGUGCCUCCCGGACCUGCUUCUCUAUUCCCCAACUGAGUGCCAUCGCCAAGCACGAGGUGGGAAGGAUGGGCUCGGAUUCUGGGGGUGUAGCCGUGGGGCUAUAGCGGCGUGACAGCGCAUCUGGCUUGACAUUCUUGGAUCCCGGUUGGUAUGAGAGGGAGAAGUUGAACCGGGUGAAAAACAGGGCCCACCUAGCUUGCCUGGAAUUGAGACGCUUGGCGGUGCGGAGAUAUUCCAAGUUCUUGUGGUCUGUCCACACAAUGAACGGAUGUUCCGCCCCCUCCAGCCAGUGCCUUCACCUCCCAACGCCUUCUUCACCGCGAGAAGCUCACAUUUUCCCACAUCAUAAUUCCUCUCCGUGGUGUUGAGGCGAUGGGAGAAGAAGGCGCAGGGAUGUAACUUGAGGUCCAGGGCCGAACGCUGGGACAGGACCGCCCUCCACUCCAACAUCCAAAGCAUCGGCCUCCACCACAAACUGGCGGGAUGGGUCAGGAUGAACCAAGAUGGGAGCAGUGGUGAAAUGGUGUUUGAGGUCCCGGAACGCCCGGUCAGCAGCUGGGGACCAUGUGAACUGAACCUUGGAAGAGGUGAGUGCAGACACGGGGAAGCCAGCGUGCUGUAACCCAGGAUAAAGCGGCGAUAAAAGUUGGCGAAUCCAAGGAAACGUUGCAGCUGCACUCUGGACGUAGGCUGGGGCCAAUCCACCACCGCUAUCACCUUCCCGGGAUCCAUCUGUACACUCCCUGCUGCAAUGAUGUAGCCCAGGAAGGGGAUGGCGAAGCGAUGGAAUUUGCAUUUCUCCGCUUUCACAAAAACCUGGUUCUCCAGGAGGCGUUGUAGGACCUGUCGGACAUGGAGCACGUGUUCUUGGGCGGAGCGGGAGAAGACGAGGAUGUCGUCGAGGUACACGAAGAUGAACCGGUUCAACAUGUCGCAGAGAACAUCAUUAACAAGGGUCUGGAACACAGCUGGAGCAUUGGUAAGGCCAAAUGGCAUGACCAGAUACUCGUGGUGACCACUGGCCGUGUUGAAGGCAGUCUUCCACUCGUCCCCCUCCCGUAUCCGUACCAGGUGGUAGGCGUUCCGUAGGUCCAGCUUGGAAAACUCGUUGCCCCCCUGGAGCGGCUCGAAGGCCGAGGAGUUGAGUGGUAGCGGGUAGCGGUUCUUCACCAUGAUGUCGUUGAGGCCCUGGUAGUCGAUGCACGGGCGCAGGGCUUUGCUGUGGGUGGUAUUGUGAGUGAACCGGCCUAUAGAGCACCUGUCCAGCGCUCUAACGUCCAUGGGAAUGGAGAGGGGAUGAGUGGGGAUGCCCAGCUCGGAGGCCAGGGUAUUGUCCAUAAAGCUCUCAUCGGCCCCAGAGACGAUGAGUACAAACUUUAAGCAUCAGUUGUCAGAGCAGCUUACCGAUCACUGCACCUGUACACAGCCCAUCUGUAACUAGCCCACCCAACUACCUCAUCCCCAUAUUGUUAUUUACAUUGUUAUUUAUUUUGCUCAUUUGCACCCCAGUAUCUCUAUUUGCACAUCAUCUUCUGCACAUCUAUCCCUCCAGUAUUAAUACUAAAUUGUAAUUAUUUUGCACUAUGGCCUAUUUAUUGCCUUACCUCCAUAACUUACUACAUUUGCACACACUGUAUAUAGAUUUUCUAUUGUGUUAUUGACUGUAUGUUUUGUUUAUCCCAUGUGUAACUAUGUGAUGUUGUUUUUACCGCACUGCUUUGCUUUAUCUUGGCCAGGUCGCAGUUGUAAAUGAGAACUUGUUCUCAACAGGCCUACCUGGUUAAAUAAAGGUGAAAUAAAAAUAUAUAAAAAAGUACCCGGAGAGAUUUCGACUGGUUCCCCCACAGCAAGAUGGCAUGAAAAGGGGUGCGAGUAAGGGGAGAGGAAAUGUUAUCUGUAUGGCCCACCAAAGUACUCGCUCCUACCGGUGAGCCUGGUCUUCUAGUGGACAGGUGGAUACAAAAUGACCAGUAGUUCCGCAAUACAGGCAACUCUUCGUGUGAAGCCUGUAUUGCAGUUCGGUUGGAGACAGCCUAGCUUUGCCUAGUUGCAUCGGCUCGAGAAGAGGUGGAUCGGCAGACUUCGGAGACUCUCGGGGAAUUUGAGUAGCCUCGGGUCUCCGUCGGCUCCGUUGCCGAGAGAACUUCCGGGAUGCCUCGGAGGUGAGGUGGAAUCGGACUUCAUCUCCUUCCUACGUUCCCGUAGUCGCCCAUCGAUCCGAAUGGUCAAGGCGAUGAGCGAGUCGAGAUCCGUGGGAAGUUCCCGGGAUGCAAGCUCGUCCUUUACUUCCUCCGAUACUCCGUGCAGGAACGUGUCAAACAGUGCUUCCGGGUUCCAGACACACUCCACUGCCAACAUGCGGAAAUCCACUGCAUAGUCUGCCACACAGCAGGACUCUUGCCGAAGCUGCAGUAACUUCCGGGCAGCCUCUCUCCCGGACAAUGGAGCAUCGAAAACCUUUGUUACCUCCUGCAUGAACUCCUCCAGACUGAAGCAUAUGGCAGACUGUUGUUCCCACACUGCCGUAGCCCAGGCGAGAGCCCUCCCGGACAUCAGCGUGAUGAGGUACGUCAUGGCCAGUUCGUACUUUUACAUUUCAGGAGAAGACCCAGAUGCAGACAGUGUCGAAGUAACAAAAGUUUAUUACAAACACAGGGGGCAGGCAAACAACAGGUCAAGGGCAGGCAGAGGUCAGUAAUCCAGGUCCGAGCCCAAACGGUACAGAACGGCAGGCAGUCUCAGGGUCAGGGCAGGCAGAGGUCAAUAAUCCAGGGUGGUGUUUCUAAAUCAAAUGUCAACUCCCCCAUCCAGGACAUGCUGCUAAGGUGAAAACCGACAAGGUGAAAAAUCUGCCGAUGUGCCCUUGAGCAAGGCACUUAAACCUAAUUUGCUCCAGGGGCGGCAUAUUACUAUGGCUGACCCUGUAAGACAGCACAUUUCACUGCACCUAAAUGGUGUAUGUGACAAAAAAAUGUAUAUUUUGUUUUUGCUAUGCAAAUCAAAAUAUAUUCUGAAAGAAGCCAUAAUGCAAUUGAUUUAAUUCUGCCACGUUUCAUUGUCACAUUACAUUUACUUUUCUGUUCCCCAGGUGGACUUUCGCUACAAGAACACCCUUGAUGGUUGUGAGUACUACGAUACCUAUAGCUGUUACUCAGGGAACUGCAGGUAUUCAACCAGAAAUUUGAGAGUCCCAAUUGACAGCAGCACCAAUGGGAGGAGUUGGAGGAACACCUGGUGUGAACAGGAAACUGUCAUGACCAGAAAUGUCCCCAGUGAUAGACCUUUUCAAUUGAGGUUAGUUAGUCAUUCAUUUGCGAGUUUGUAGUAUUAAAGAUUAAACAAAUUUGGCAAUGUCCCUUUUAAUGAUGUUAUGUGUUUGUCAAUGUAACAGUCAGGACAGCUGCUGUUGGAUAAGCACAGUAAACAGCAUGGGAAGUUGGAGACUACUGACACAGGUGGAUCUGGGAACAAGAUCUGAUACGGGUGGACCCAACAGAUCUCCAGUCACAGGCGUUCUUCCUUUCAUACGGUAACUAACAACAUUCUUACUCCAAAUACCUCUUCGAUGACUUCAGAAACCACUAACCUCAUCUAAUCAGGUUGCUCCAUGAUUGUUAUACUUCUGAAUAAUGCAGAAUUAUUUAGAAAAUAUACAUUAUUUUAGUUCAUUUGCUUAGGUUACUUUCCUAACUCACUUGGAUGUUUUGUUAGUUUAGAUUCUACCUAAUUCAUAUGCUGUAUAUCUGACUGUUUUCAAUGUUAUUGUAGUGUUCCCCAGAACUGUCAGAGGUCCUACAACCUCAUGGCCUUUGACCCUGAUGGUGACCGUGUCAGAUGCAGAUAUGGAGUGGCCAGAGACACUGAGUGUGAUAUGUGUACCCAGCCCUCAGGCUUCUCCAUGGAUGAGGUUAGUGUUUGCAACGUCUUGGGCUGUGCUGACCUGUCAAUGUGAGACCAACCACAACUAAUUUGCAUUGAAUCUAUUUGUGAAGUAUUAUGUCUUAAGGGUCAACCAUCUGAAACAUUUAUGUUAUAACUUCUUCGGUCUAUAGGGCUCUUGCACUUUACAAUACGGCAACACCUCAAUGGCAGGUGUCUAUGGGUUUGAGCUAGUUGUGGAGGACUUCCCCAACCAACACAUCACCCUGUCUUACACUGAUGGCUCUAGGUCCUCCAGGGCUCCGUUCUAUGCAGGAAGACAUCGACGUGCUAUCAUCUACCAGCCAACCAACACCACCACCCAGCCCACCACCACCACUACUACAAUCCGGCCCACCACCACCACUACAACCCGGCCAACAACCACCACGCCCACCACCACCACCACCACCACCACUACAACCCGGCCCACCACCACCACUACAACACGGCCAACCACCACCACCAUCACCACCACCCGGCCAACAACCACCACCACCACAACCACCACCACCACCCGGCCCACCACUACCACCCCCUGGCCAACCACCACCUGGCCCACCACCACUCCCACCACCACCACAACCACCACUCCCACUGCCAUCACCCCCUGGACAACCAACACCCGGCCCACCACCACCCCCUGGCCAACCACCACCCGGACCACCACCACCACAGUUCCCACAUAUGCUGAGCACUCGUUGGCUGCUUUUCCUUCCCUCUGCGGUCCGACCACCCCACCACCACCACCACUCCCACCACCCCCUGGCCAACCACCACCCGGCCCACCACCACUCCCACCACCACCACCCCCUGGCCAACCACCACCCGGCCCACUACCACCACCACCACCACCCGGCCCACCACCACCACUCCCUGGCCAACCACCACCAGGCCCAACACCACUCCCACUACCAACACCCCCUGGCCAACCACCACCCGGCCCACCACCACCACUCCCACUACCACCACCCCCACCCCCUGGCUAACCACUACCACCCGCCAGCCCACAACAGCCAGACCAUGGAGUCCCACCUCCCCCCCAGGAAGCCUGUAUUCCUCCACUGCUCCCCUCAGCAAACUCCCUCUACAAUUCUCAUUUCUGGGUAAGAAAGUGACUCCUCUUCCGGUGGUUGAGAAUGCAUUGGAUGGAUGAAGGGAGGGAGGAAGAGAGGGAUGGAUGGAAAUAUUUAUUUUACAACAAGCAUGACAUUAACUUAUUAUUAUUAUUUGAAAAGAUUCAGGGGGUAGAUCAGCUUUAAUAUUGCAGAUACAGUAGAUUGUGGAUUCUAUCAAUAUAAUUGUCUGCAUCAUUUCCAAUCCCCCAUAUAUUUUUGGGUAAAUAUAUAUACACUACCAGUCAAAGGUUUGGACACAGCUACUCAUUCAUUUCUUUAUUUUUACAAAAAAAAAUACUUUGUAAAAUAAUAAUGAAGACAAACUAUGAAAUAACACAUAUGGAAUCAUGUGGUAACCAAAAAUUUUAUAUUUGAGAUUCUUCAAAUAGCCACCCUUUGCCUUGAUGACAACUUUGCAAACUCUUGGCAUUCUCUCAACCAGCUUCACCUGGAAUGCUUUUCCAACAGUCUUGAAGGAGUUCCCACAUAUGCUGAGCACUCGUUGGCUGCUUUUCCUUCCCUCUGCGGUCCGACUCAUCCAAAACCAUCUCAAUUGGGUUGAGGUCGGGGGAUUGUGGAGGCCAGGUCAUCUGAUGCAGCACUCCAUCACUCUCCUUCUUGGUAAAAUAGCUCUUACACAGUCUGGAGGUGUGUUGGGUCAUUGUCCUGUUGAAAAACAAAUGAUAGUCCCACUAAGCCCAAACCAGAUGGGAUGGCGUAUCGCUGCAGAAUGCUGUGGUAGCCAUGCUGGUUAAGUGUGCUUUGAAUCCUAAAUAAAUCACAGACAGUGUCACCAGAAAGCACCCCCACACCAUAACACCUCCUCCUCCAUGCUUUACGGUGGGAAAUACACAUGCGGAGAUCAUCGGUUCACCCACACCGCAUCUCACAAAGACACGGCGGAAAACCAAAAAUCUCCACCGGUCUAAUGUCCAUUGCUCGUGUUUCUUGGCCUAAGCAAGUCUCUUCUUAUCAUUGGUGUCCUUUAGUAGUGGUUGCUUUGCAGCAAUUUGACCAUGAAGGCCUGAUUCAUACAGUCUCCUCUGAACAGUUGAUGUUGAGAUGUGUCUGUUACUUGAACUCUGUGAAGCAUUUAUUUGGGCUGCAAUUUCUGAGGCUGGUAACUCUAAUGAACUUAUCCUCUGCAGCAGAGGUAACUCUGGGUCUUCCAUUCCUGUGGCGGUCCUCAUGAGAGCCAGUUUCAUCUUAGCGCUUGAUGGUUUUGCGACUGCACUUGAAGAAACUUGAAAAGUUUUUGAAAUUUUCGGUACUGACUGACCUUCAUGUCUUGGACUGUCGUUUCUCUUUGCUUAUUUGAGCUGUUCUUGCCAUAAUAUGGACUUGGUCUUUCACAAAAUAGGGCUAUCUUCUGUAUACCUCCCCUACCUUGUCACAACACAACUGAUUGGCUCAAACGCAUUAAGAAGGAAUGGAAUUCCACAAAUUAACUUUUAAGAAGGUACACCUGUUAAUUGAAAUGCAUUCCAGGUGACUACCUCAUGAAGCUGGUUGAGAGCAUGCCAAGAGUGUGCAAAGCUGUCAUCAAGGCAAAGGGUGGCUAUUUGAAGAAUCUCAAAUAUAACAUAUUUUGAUUUGGUUACUAUAUGAUUCCAUAUGUGUUAUUUCAUAGUUUUGAUGUCUUCACUAUUAUUCUACAAUAUAGACAAUAGUAAAAAUAAAGAAAAACCCUGGAAUGAGUAGGUAUGUCCAAACUUUUGAUUGGUACUGUGUGUAUAUAUAUAUUUUUAAAUAUAUUUUCUUUUAUUAUUUUCCCCUAACCCUAACACCCCUCCCCUAAUUGGAAUAAAUUACUUCCAGUUUAUGCAUACUAAAUGAUGUACAUUUUACGGAAACAGUAUAUUUUACAAAAUUAUCUUUUGUUUGUUUUUAGUCCCAUCCUUCAACUAUCCUCAACCCCUCCCAUCUAUCUCUGAAGACCAUCCACUUUUGAUUUCUAUUUGCCAUAUAUUUUUCAGCUGUGUUGUUUCACAAACGUUCUGAACCUAUAUACAUUUUAUGGACAGUAUUUUACAUGACAUUUACUUGUGUACGUUUGUAUUCUUUUCCAAUUUAGUGGACUCUCCUGCACCCUCUUGCAAUGAGGGAAUGUACUUGCCCAUGUUUCUGCAGCCGACACCACGCAAUGGAGAGCAUCUUAAUGCCGAGGUCAACAAGGAGCUGGAGAUCAGGGUCAAGGCACAGGCUACACACUCAACGUAAGGGACAAUAUCCAUGAAGUAUGUAAUACAAUAUUACAUCCAUGAUUGUAUUUCUACGGUGUAUGUGUAGCACGUGGGAAUGUGUGAAACGUACUCCUCAGCUCGUCACUUGUGUCGCCGAAUUGUAAACUUUUCAGUGACACUGACUGGUGAGACUCUUCAGGAGUCACGUGUGCUAGCAAGGAAGAGGUCCUGGGUCUGAGCCUCAUUGUGAGCUGAAUCAUGAGGAGGUGGUACUCGCUAAGCAAGCAGCUUUAUGUCAUUUACACAUGCUGCAAAACAGUGCAUGCUAUAAGUAAACUGUACCAAUAUAGCACUUUGUAACUAUUUCAGUAAUUUAAAUAUUCUGCAAUCAAGUAUACUACAUGACCAAAGGUAUGUGGACACAUGCUCGUCGAACAUCUCAUUCCAAAAUCAUGGGCAUUAAUAUGGAGUUGGUCCCCCCCUUUGCUGCUAUAAAAGCCUCCACUCUUCUGGGGAGGCUUUCCACUAGGUGUUGGAACAUUGCUGUGUAGACUUGCUUCUAUUCAGCCACAAGAUUAUUAGUGAGGUCGGGCACUGAUGUUGGGCGUUUAGGCAUGGCUCGCAGUCGGCGUUCCAAUUCAUCCCAAAGGUGUUCGAUGGGCUUGAGGUCAGGGCUCAGUGCAGGCCAGUCAAGUUCUUCCACACCGAUCUCGACAAACCAUUUCUGUAUGGACCUCGCUUUGUGCACGGAGGCAUUGUCAUGCUGAAACAGGAAAGGGCCUUCCCCAAACUGUUGCCACAAAGUUGGGAGCACAGAAUCAUCUAGAAUAUAAUUGUAUGCUGCAGCGUUAAGAUUUCCCUUCAUUGGAACUAAGGGGCCUAGCCCGAACCAUGAAAAACAGCCCCAGACCAUUAUUCCUCCUCCACCAAACUUUACAGUUGGCACUAUGCAUUGGGGCAGGUAGCGUUCUCCUGUCAUCCGCCAAAACCAUAUUUGUCUGUCAGACUGCCAGAUGGUGAAGCAUGAUUCAUCCCUUCAGAGAAGGCGUUUCCACUGCUCCAGAGUCCAACGGCGGCAGGCUUUACACCACUCUAGCCAACGCUUGGCAUUGCGCAUGGUGAUCUUAGGCUUGUGUGCGGCUGCUCGGCCAUGGAAACCCAUUUCAUGAAGCUUCUGACGAACAGUUAUUGUGCUGACGUUGCUUCCAGAGGCAGUUUGGAAAUCGGUAGUGAGUGUUGCAAACGAGGACAGACAAUUUUUACGUGCUACGCACUUCAGCACUCGGCGGUCCCAUUCUGUGAGCUUGUGUGGCCUACCACUUUGCGGCUGAGCCAUUGUUGCUCCUAGACAUUUCCACUUCACAAUAACAGCACUUAUAGUUGACCGGGGCAGCUCUAGAAGGGCAGAAAUGUUGACAUACUGACUUGUUGGAAAGGUUGCUUCGUAUGACGGUGCCACGUUGAAAGUCACUGAGCUCUUCAGUAAGGCCAUUCUACUGCCAAUGUUUUUCUAUGGAGAUUGCAUUGCCGUGUGCUCGAUUUUAUACACCUGUCAGUAUCGGGUGUGGCUGAAAUAGCCGAAUCCACUAAUUUGAAGGGGUGUCCACAUACUUUUGUAUAUAUAGUGUAUCUGGCCUAAGGCAGCCUACUGUAUUGUUUACUGUAUAAGAUCACCAAAAAUCCUACCUUCCUACUGAUAUCUCUGAUUUGGAUUUGUGCGAUUGUCUGUUUUGCGCCCUUGCUAGGAUUACUGAUGUCAUCAUCAGUGGACCUCAGAACAUCACCAAUCACAUGACCACCCAAGGGGAGUUUGUCAUUCGGUGGACACCCAUUCAGGAAGAUCUGGGAGAGCAUUUCCCCAUUUGCUUCAUUGCUGAAGGAGCAGACGGGUGGGUCUCAUGGCAUCUAAUCAUGUUUCAUGUUGUAGCAUCAUAACCAGAACUGCUCUGGUGCUUUGAAACUUUCUUCUAAUUUCUGCUACUUUCCGGUACUUUCCUCUGGAGCUUAAUCUCUGUUUUUGAAUCAAAUUUUAUCUCCCAAUCCACCUGACUGAAAGAUGUUAUUAUUAGAUGUAGAUGUUUAACAACACAGAUAGUACAAUGUGCUGUUGUUUACCCUGAUCUUAAAUCUAUUGGUAAGCCGGAAAUGUCCGGUACCAGCUAAAUAAAUAGUGGGGAUACGCCAUACCGGAAAACAUAAAUCUAUCACAAUUAGUUAAAACAUAAAUUCCAAGAACUGUAGGCUACAGGGGUGGAUUGGCCAUCUGGUGAUUGUAGCAAAUGUUUUAGUUGGGUGGGCUGGUCGAAAUUAACACACACCAAAAAUAUUUGCAUAUAAAAAUGUAACAAUAAAAAAGGUGACAUGGCCGGCGGCCAAGAGUUUUUUCCCCCCGAGAUUUCUCUGUUAUACUAAUCUAUAAUGAGCCAUUGGCUGAUCAGUGGGUAAUGGCCGGAUGGUUUUCUGCAAGUUAUUACCGGCAUCAGCAAAGAGACCUGCUCUGUCUCUGUCAUCAGUCAGACAGCCAAGAUCAUAACCUGGUCUCAGACUAGACGUAACGUAGUAAAAGUAAAUCCGGGACACUCAAAUUUGUAUAAUAUGUUAUGUUUGGUAUGGUUAUAUAAGACAGAAGGUUACUUAAGGCAAAAACGAAAGUAGGGUGGUUGGUCGGGGUGGAUGGGUAGGCAUAUAACGCAAACGUCUAGCACCCCAAAGGUUUCUUGUUCGAAUCUCAUCACAGGCAUUUUGGUAAUUAGCAACUUUGCAACUACCUACAACUUUUUAGCUACUUUGAAACUACUUAGCAUGUUCGCCAACCCUUCCCCUUUAACCUAAAUCCUAGCCUUAACUCUAACCUUAACCCCUAACCCUUAGCCUAGCUAACGUUAGCCACCUAGCUAACAUUAGCCUUAACCACCUAGCUAACGUUAGCCACAACAAAUUGUUAUUCAUAACAUAUCAUACGUUUUGCGAAUUCGUAACAUAUGGUACGAAUUGCAAUUCAUAAAAUAUCAUACAAAUGUAAUUAAGUGAUAAUGCCAGAGAAACCGGUCUUUGGAGGAUAUAUUGGCACGGGUGUUGUUAGGCCCGAGACGAAGUUGAGGGCUUGUAAACUAUGCCAAUAUAUCCUCCAAACACCAGAUUCUCAGGCAUUAUCACUUUUAUACAACAGGUUACCAACAUAUUCAAAUAAUAUCAAAAGAAAGUUUGACAUGAGUUUAUUCAUACUAAUUCAUCCUUCCACGAGAUAUAGUCUUGAUAUGCUGAUUCGUGAUAUCGACUGGUUGAAAAAAGCUGCCAGCCUGUCUGUCUCGUCCCGACUCCCGACACGAUCAUUGCCAUAGGACAGCUGGAGAUUGAAUUCCAAUAUUGAAACAAUGUUGCAAAUGUUGGCGAGACAGCAAGGUUAUUACAAAUCUCUGCUGUUGAAAACAAAUGCUAGUCUAAAAGAAAUGGGAGAUAAUGUCUAGAUGCUUUUUACAGGGUAGAUCUAGUAUACAGUUGAAGUCGGAAGUUUACAUACACUUAGGUUGGAGUCAUUAAAACUCGUUUUUCAAACACUCCACAAAUUUCUUGUUAACAAACUAUAGUUUUGGCAAGUCAGUUUCGUUCAUCUACUUUGUGCAUGACACAAGUCAUUUUUCCAACAAUUGUUUACAGACAGAUUAUUUCACUUAUAAUUCACUGUAUCACAAUUCCAGUGGGUCAGAAGUUUACAUACAUUAAGUUGACUGGGCCUUUUAAACAGCUUGGAAAAUUUCAAAAAAUGAUGUGAUGGCUUUCGAAGCUUCUGAUCAGCUAAUUGACAUCAUUUUAGUCAAUUGGAGGUGUACCUGUGGAUGUAUUUCAAGGCCUACCUUCAAACUCAUUGCCUCUUUGCUUGACAUCAUGGGAAAAUCAAAAGAAAUCAGCCAAGACCUCAGAAAAUAAAUUGUAGACCUCCACAAGUCUGGUUCAUCCUUGGGAGCAAUUUCCAAACGCCUGAAGGUACCACGUUCAUCUGUACAAACAAUAGUACGCAAGUAUAAACACCAUGGGACCACGCAGCCGUCAUACCGCUCAGGAAGGAGACGCGUUCUGUCUCCUAGAGAUGAACGUUCUUUGGUGAGAAAAGUGCAAAUCAAUCCCAGAACAACAGCAAAGGACCUUGUGAAGAUGCUGGAGGAAACAGGUACAAAAGUGUCUAUAUCCACAGUAAAAAUAGUCCUAUAUCGACAUAACCUGAAAGGCCGCUCAGCAAGGAAGAAGCCACUGCUCCAAAACCGCCAUAAAACAGCCAGACUACGGUGUGCAACUGCACAUGGGGACAAAGAUCGUACUUUUUGGAGAAAUGUCCUCUGGUCUGAUGAAAUAGAACUGUUUGGCCAUUAUGCCCAUCGUAAUGUAACAUUGUAAAGUGGUGAUCCCACUGGCUAUAAGGUGAAUGCACCUAUUUGUAAGUCGCUCUGGAUAAGAGCGUCUGCUAAAUGACGUAAAUGUAAAUGUAAAUGAGGAAUGGCCCAAAAUUCACCCAACUUAUUGUGGGAAGCUUGUGGAAGGCUACCCGACACGUUUGACCCAAGUUAAACAAUUUAAAGGCAAUGCAACCAAAUACUAAUUGAGUGUAUGUAAACUUCUGUCCCACUGGGAAUGUGAUGAAAUAAAUAAAAGCUGAAAUAAAUCAUUCUCUCUACUAUUAUUCUGACAUUUCACAUUCUUAAAAUAAAGUGGUGAUCCUAACUGACCCAAGACAGGGAAUUUUUACUGGAAUUAAAUGUCAGGAAUUGUGAAAAACAGAGUAUGUAUGUAUUUGGCUAAGCUGUAUGUAAACUUCCGACUUCAACUGUAUAUAUUGCCUGGCUGAGCUGAUGAGACAGUGGAUUGCGCAGUCAGAUGGAAAAGAGUAAAUAGGCAUUUCAAUGUCAUAGAUUUUGCCGGUAAUAACUUGUGGAAAAAACACUGGCUGGAAAGCAGUUUUAACCAAUCGGCAUCCAGGAUUAGACCCACCCAUUGUAUAAUUUGUACAUCCACAAAUGCAUACAUACCAUACGAAAUGUAACUCAUCAUACUAAUUGGAGUGUCCCGGAUGUAUGUUUACUAUGUUACGUCUACCCCUGAGUCCAGGUAGAAGAUCAUGGAUCUUAAAAAUCAUUUUCACCUCACUCAAACGUCUUAUUAUUUGAGGCGGCUAAAACCAUGAUUUGGUAUAACAGUAAAGUGCAUUAUCCUCAUGAUUCCUGUAAUGACUGUGUCUGCCCUGCCCCGGUGCCUGUGCCAUCGAUGGGGCCUGCUGCUGUGAUGAGCGAGCCAGUAUCCUCUCCACCCAUGCGCUCGAGAGAAAUGCGUUCUGAUCAUAUAACAUUUCAAAAUGCAAUUGCGGGAAAAACACAGCAUUGCAAGCUUUGUCCGCUUGUCCCUGCUGAAGAGAGGAGGCUCUCAUCUUGCUGUAGUUAUUAAAAAAAUAAUCUCAACUCUCAAUAUUCAACUCAAUAGAAACUUGUUUUACAACCAAUAUAUUUAAUAUGGCUUUGCGAUAUGGGGCGACGCGCAUGCUUAAUAAGCACCGGACAUUGUAAGGGCAUAGGCCUAUAGGUCUCAUGGUAGUAGGCUACAACUGUAAAUAUUUUUUAGGACAUUCAAUGUACUGUUGUAUGAAUACAUGGCUACUAGCAGUGGGUAUUAUAUUUAACGUUAGCUAUCUAGUUAAUGUAUUUUGAGUUUCCACUUCCUCAGGUGUUGAACCCCAAAUUAAUUUGCCUAUGAUAUUAGCAACAAGAUCUCAUAGUUUCCCUGCGAAAUUCGAUGUAUUAUGGAUUAACGUCUAUUUUUGACGCAUUAAUUCCGAGUGGUUAAGGAGAAGGCUUAAAACAAAAUAAUUUUUAAAAAAUGACGUGCUAGGUAUCAUCAGUAUUCUCACGGCUUGCUAGAGCAUUGUGAACUGCCGUCACGUAGAGGUCUAAACAGCGCACUCCAACUCUGAGCCUCAUGAGUUCGCGUCCAGUGCUGGGUGAUUGUUUUUCUGUGUGAGUGCCGAGGAAGGCCUAUAUUGAUGUUCUCAGGACCUUUUCAAACGUCCGAAAUCGGCGUCUAUUUCUAGUGACCAGCCUGCAUAUAAGUUAGUGCACAUAAAGAUGUAUGUAAUUCAUCUAUAUUAAAACAAAAUUAAAAUAAUCUAUAGUCUAAUAGUCAACCCAAAAUUCAUGACAAUCACUGGAUUAGGUUGCACAUCAAAAUAUAUUGAAUCAUACAUUCCUGCUUGGACAUCUUGAAUGUUCUUGAAUACCUCAGUAGUCUAUUUAACAUACCUCUUACUAAAAAAUGUGUUUCAGCCUGCCCCUGGUAGGCUAUUACACCAUUUAUCAUUACCGCAUGUCAGUCCCAUAAAAACAAAAUGUUUCCCUGUGACAGACGGCUAUAUCGGUCUUCUAAUGCAUGACUAGUAAAGGCCCAGGUGCACUACUUUUGUGAGAAAGGCUUGUUGUCAGUCACAUAUAUUUUUUAUUCUGAUUUAUCAGGGUGUGCUGCAGCAUCCUCAGCACCCCUACUUCCUACAGCUAUGCUAACGUGCCAUUUCUUUCAGUGAAAUGUCGGUAAUUAUAAGCAGAAAAAUAUCUAAAUGAGGCUUAAAAAAAUUGAAUAAUCGCACCCCGUCUUUCCUCCGUCCCUGAGUAACGUGCGCAGGUAGCCUAUGUGAGCCUUUUGAAGUAGCAUAAUUGUUUGACAAUCAGAUGAAAACAUCAUGACUGGUUGUGUUUAUGCCACAUUAAGGCUAAUACAUUGUACAAAUUAAACAACACAUCUUUACUAUUAGGCCCAUAGAGAUCCUAUUAAAUUAAUACGGAUUCUAUAGGCCUAUGUAAUUUUAUGAUUAGGCCCAUCAAAAAAUAUAUAUAAAAAAGCGUGUGCAAACAUAGGAGGUCCCUGUACCAGCAUGAAAUUUCAUCUACUUUCACCCCUGCUUAAAUCAUUUCAGAUCUAGCAUCUAUCAAUCUGAGAUGAGAUGUGUCCUGGUGGAGGUCGGACGCACACAUGGUUGGUAUAGAUUCUUCUAUGAUCAUGAAUGAUAUGUUGCUGUGUGAAUGUGCACGUUGAUAAUGUAUAAACCUGUGAAUAUAAAUACCUAGUAGUUUUGAUAUUUAUCGAAAUAAUAUCAGUAAAAAUGCAACUGAUAUUGAUAUCAACUUUCCAGAUAGUGCCCAUCAGUUUUCAACAGUGGUGUAAAGUACUUAAGUAUACAGUACUGCUUGAGUCGUUUUUUGUGGGUAUCUGUACUUUACUAUUUAUAUAUUUUUACAACUUUUAGUUUUACUUCACUACAUUCCUAAAGAAAAUAAUGUACUUUUUACUCCAUACAUUUUCCCUGACACACAAAAGUACUCGUUACAUUUAGAACGCUUAGCACGAAUUCACACACUUAUCAAGAGAACAUCCCUGGUCAUCCCUACUGCCUCUAAUCUGGCAGGCUCACUAACCACAAACACUUAGUUUGUAAAUUAUGUCUGAGUGUUGGAGUGUGCACCUGGCUAUCCGUAAAUAAAAAAACAAGAACAUUGGGCCAUCUGGUUUGCUUAAUAUAAGGAAUUUGAAAUUAUUAAUACUUUUACUUUUGAUAAUUAAGUAUACAUAAAACCAAAUACUUUUAGACUUUUACUCAAGUGGUAUUUUACUGGGUGACUUUCACUUUUACUUGAGUCAUUUUCUAUUAAGGUAUCUUUACUUUUUACUCAAGUAUGACAGUUGGGUACUUUUUCCACCAUUGGUUUUUAAUCACAUUGUUUUCAAUAAGACUGAUAUAUUUUACAAUAACAAGAUAUCUCCACAUUCACCUGUGACAGUCAAAGCCAAAGUGGUUUGCCAAGAGACUACGAUGACAGUGGAAGUGGAGAAGUCCUCUAUCCCGGGAGUAAAUGAGGGCCAUCUCCGCCUCAGUGAUCCCAGUAACUCUGCCUGCGACCUGCAACGCCUCUCCAACAGCACCCACAUCAUCGGAGUCAUCCCCCUCAAUGCCUGUGGGACUCAGUUAGAGGUGAGACCUCUGAAAUGUCAAAUAUUAUAGUGUGAUGAUAUGUGGAUAUCUCUUUGGGUGUGAGACCCAUUCACUCCUGGGUGUUUGUCUAUGUUAUUCAUAUUGUACCUGGUCUGAGGGCAUAUUCACCCCAAGGGAUGAAUUAGGCUGACUGAUUUAGAAUGGGUUGCAUCAUAGAAAGGGUUAAGAUGUAGGGUUUUGGUGAGUGGUGGCUUAUGCUCCCCUGUGAGAAACAUCAAAACAAACACCAACAUGCUUGCUCAUAACCCCAAGAGUUACACAGCAAUAUAGGAACGAUCUACAUUUUGGUGUUUUUAAGAGUUCAGUGCUGGCAGUGCCCACAAAUGUAGCUGUCUAGAUUAUUUCCCUCUCCAUUUCUCUCAAUCCAGGAGGAUGACGACAACCUCCUCUUCAAGAACGAAAUCACCACCUUUGACAACCCCAAUGACAUCAUCACCAGGCACCACCAGGUGGAGAUCCAGUUCUACUGCCAGUAUGCCAAACGUGGCAACGUGAGCCUGGGCUUCAGCGCACACAGGGAGAGCAUCACGGUCCUGGAGAAAGGUUUCGGCACGUUCACCUACCAGUUUGAGUUCUACCAGACGAGCGAGUUUACCAGUAUUGUGGAUCCCCGUAACUACCCGUUAGACGUUGUGGUGAAGCAGAUGAUCUACAUGGACAUCGAGGCCACAACCACUGUAAACACUGAGCUCUUCGUGGAGUCCUGCAGAGCAGCGCCGUACGACAACCCCAACUACCACCACACCUACCCCAUCAUAGAAAACGGGUGAGACUCAGAACACAAAGGCAUCCAUCCAUCCAUCAAUGUCAUAAUGGCACUUGUAACAGUAAUGUUAGAGUAUUAUUGAAAACUUACAGGAGCAUUUAGGGUUAGGUGCCUUGCUCAAGGGCACAUCGGCAGGGUGAUAUCAUCUCAGUUCAGUGACUUUUGAUCUCUCUGGCUGUAGGUGUACAUCAGCUGUUCAGUGAUUGUGUGUGAGGCUGGGAACCCCAACACCCGGUGCGCCCAGGGGUGCAUGAACUCCACCUCACCCCAGUCUGCUGAUCACCACCACCGCAAGAGAGAUGCCCCCAUGCAAUCGACCAGGCACCACAUCUCCCAGGGUCCUUUGCGCCUGAUAAAGACGUCCGAGAGCUCAGGUAACACUAACCCUGAGGGUAACUAGCUCAGGACAAGCACAAAAUUAAAUGUUGUACUUUGAGUUGUUGAAGUUACAACAGUUCUUAUCCAUGAUUUAUAAAGGACCUCUGCAGUCAAGUCCUCAAGAUACAUCUCUGGAUGGGAAGGUGUUUUGGUGUGUUUUGGUGAAAAAAGUGUUGACUUGUUUUCUUGUCUUUUCAGUGACCAACAUGAACAUGGUAUUCAUGGCUGGAUGUUUCCUAGCAUCCAUUGCCAUGGUGUGCGGAGUGAUCCUCUACAAGGGCAAAGCAACAGGGGUCAAAUAUCAGCCCCUGCCAACAUUUGAAACGUAG